GUCAGAGAGAGCUCUCGGUGAGGUUAGAGAGUGUCAGAGAGAGGGUGUGCACAGCAGUCUGUGAGUGGGCUGUAAUUGGUUUGUGGCAGCUGGGAGGAUUGGACAGGCUGCAGAUUAGGAGCAGUCAGACUCAGGACUCUGAGCUCUUAUGGGAGCUAGGAAGUGCCUCCAGCAGUGGCAGUAAAUGAGCUGUGAAAUGGGAGGGAGGACCACGAGUGGCAGCUGGUGUGAUGGACAGUGAGGGAAAGGGACACCACAUGUGCUCAUGGCAUCCAGAGAGUGCUCCAGCCCAGGAGAGAGGACCCGGGCUCCCCUGACACUGCAUUGCCAGCACUGAGUCCAGGCAGGGGCAGAAGAUCAUCAUGUCUGUAGCUAUAAGGGGCAUCUCCUGCCAAGACCGUGCCAGCAUCCCCAGCCCAGGUAAGUCACUGCAGUGCCUGGUGAUUGUAUAAUAGGGGCACGCAUGGCUGAGCCAUUAACAUUACCUUGCCAGUCUAUUUAUAGUGAGUGACAUGCCAGCCUGGCCAUUUACACCCAUUAUAUACCCACAUGCCUUCUUCUUACAAUAAAAGGGUUAAUGCUCAGAUUUACUAUUUUAGUAUCGCCUUCUGAGCAAGGUUUUUUUUUUUUAAAUAACCCUCUGGCACUGUAUAGGUUAAAUCAGACUAAUUGUAUUACUUACAAUACAUUAUUCUUCUAAAUACAUUGUAUCAUCAAAGUAUUAGAACUCUGUGAGUGCUCUGUCAGCCAGGUGCUACAACUCCUAUCAUGCUAAGGGCACUUAGAAGAUUGAUUGUACAUUUGCAGAGCAUUAUUAUUAUUAGUUUAUUUUAUUUUAUCUUUAGAUAAAAAAAAUUUCUCGCUUUUUUGUGUGACAUAAAACAAUUCCCAUGCAUGAGCCAUUGAGGCUGAGCGUUAUUCAAUUGUCCAUCAUAUUCCCAUUGAGGGAUUCACAUAGCAAUCCAGUCUUUGAUGUGUUUAAUAAGUGCUGGCAUUAGACCCACACUGCAGAAUGUUGGUUCAACCCUCCAAAUAUUUAUUGGAGUUGGACAGAAGUUCUAAUAAAGGAAUCAUAUCUUGAGAACUUUUUUUUUUUUUUUUUAAUAUAUGGAAAGAAAAUAAAGAAAUAACCUUUUAUGAUUUUUUUUUUUUGGAAGUUGUCCUUUGCUUCAGAAUACAAACUGGCAGCUUUUAUAAAUAGAGCUAUCCGCAUCCCAGCUUCUAUGUAACACUGUGAAGAUGAUGCAUCUGCUGUCCUAAAUCUAAUUGCCAUUCUCUGAAUCAAUUGAUGAACACCCAUUGAAAGGAUAUCACUGUUAAUUUUCUGUUUGUUGUUUACCUUAUCUAACACAUAUAAACAUUUUCUUAGAUCUUUGACAGAAGAUCAUCAAGUAGAAUAUAAUUAUUUUUCCUUCUUCAGGCAUAAGGACCAGACCAGAAAAUAUUGUGUGCACCUUGGAAUCUGUGAGCACUACAACCAGGGGAAAUGCUAGUGUUGGUCAAUCCCAAUCAGUUGACGGACAUCAAUCUCUCUUCACACAGUGCAGAAACAAACUCUCACACCCAGAACCCUCUGCCAUCUGCAUUCAUGACUGACAGACCCUUAAUUACAACUGAACCAGACUUGGUCUCUUUCAACCAAACCAAUUCUACUGAUUGUGGAGAGGAGAUCCUGCUGUAUGGUGACAUUGAGAAGAUUGUCAUUGGGGUUGUCCUCUCAAUCAUCACGGUAUUUACCAUUGCUGGCAAUGGGCUGGUCAUAAUUUCGGUGUGCAUUGUGAAAAAGCUCAGACAGCCAUCUAACUACCUGGUGGUCUCCUUGGCGGCCGCUGACCUCUCGGUGGCCAUCGCAGUGAUGCCCUUUGUCAUCAUCACUGAUCUGGUUGGUGGAAAAUGGCUUUUUGGAAAAGUGUUCUGCAAUGUAUUUAUUGCCAUGGAUGUCAUGUGCUGUACAGCCUCUAUCAUGACUUUGUGUGUAAUCAGUGUGGACAGGUAAGAGCAUUAACCUUGGACAAUGAUUAAAAAAGUAAAAAUAAUGUUGUUGGGUAAAUUAAUCAUGUGCGAAUGAUUACCAUGAAGACACAACCAUGGUGGGUUUGUGUGACAUGAUGAGACAGAGCACUCAAUUUUUUUUUUUCUAGAAUAAAGAUUCCAAUGCUCUGCUAUACUGGGGAAUAAAACGUUCUGGCCAUGCUGAAUUUAAGAGAAGGGACUAGUACCCAGAACUAGGAGGUACCAUUUAAAAGCAAAAGGGCAGUACACAAUGCAUGGGCUGUUAAGAAUCCUACUAACUUGGACCAUUUAAAGGUGGAUAAAAUACAAAUGGUAGAUGAUGGGUCCCUGGUGCUAUGUAUGGUAGUAUGUCUGGAACAGGAGUGACCAUACAUUAGUGACAUGGGAACUGAUUUUUUGGUAGCCAUGUUGACAAGAUCUACCACCUUAUCAGAAUGGCUUUGUUGACUUCAAUCCCAGUGCACUGAUAUUUUUUUAAUAUUUAUAUAUAUUGGCACAGAUGGUAAUAAUGUAGGUAUUUUUGUGGGAUCCCAUCUGUAUAGAGUAGUCUGUUUGUGUAUUAGUGUGUAAAGGAGUCUGUUUAUGUGCGACCAGGGGCUGAGGUAUGUGCACAUGAUUAAGGGCUGUAGAGACUGUGUGUCUUAGGGCUAUAGAGUGUGUAUGUGUGUUUAUUGGUAUUGUCUGUAGUGUGUGUGUGUAUAGAGGCUGAAUAAUGUGCGUGUGUGUGUGUUUGUAUUUAAGAGCUGCAGUGUAUGUAUACAGGGGUUGCAUUCUCUGUGUAUUAGUGGCUGUAUUGUGUGUUAUGUAUAGGGACAGUAGUGUGCAUGUGUGUGUAUAGGAGCUGUAUUUUUGUGUAUAGUAGUGUAGUGUAUGUAUACAGGGGUUGCAUUCUGUGUGUGUAUUAGUGGCUGUAUUGUGUGUUAUGUAUAGGGACAGUAGUGUGCAUGUGUGUGUAUAGGAGCUGUAUUUUUGUGUAUAGUAGUACAGUGUGUGUAUAAGGGGUGUAGUGUGUGCAUCGUGGUAUAGUGUGUUGUGGGUAUUUAUGUGUCUAAAGGUGCACAGUGUGUGUAUGCAGGGUGUAGAAAGUGUGUGUGUGUGCAAGGGCUGUGAUGUUUUAUAUAAAGGGUAUAUUUGAAGCAUAUAUACUGGUGGUCCAUUGUGCUGAGUAAUACUGGUGGGACCUGGGCAGCCUAUGGCAGGGGUGCAGUCCAUGAGCUCCAGCACUUACACUUACAGUGUCAGAGCCCUGCCAUGGUAACCUGCGUCAAUGCUCUGAUUGGCAAGAGCUCAGGACAAGGGGGAGCAGUGCAGCCUCCGGAACAAGUGCAGAAGAGAGGCUGCACUGCUCCCCCUGGCAUUACAGUGGUGAAGAAUGAGAGGAGGGUCCCACAUUUGGCAGCACACUGGUCAAACCUCUGGGUCCCCUUCUCGUGUUGAGUGCUCGAUAGGUCAGUCCACCCCUGACUACAUGUAUGCAGAAUGUCCAAGCUUACUUAUAGUGCUGGGACAUUCUCUGUAUAGUACAAGUGUCUGCUUUGAUGUUCACGGCGAUCUACUAUUUAGUUGACUUCGAUUGACUUGUAGAUCGCGAUCGACUGAAUGGCCACCACUGGUCUGGAAGAAUUAUGGAACAAACUACUAAUUUCAUGGAAAUAAGUCAAUAAAUGAAUGGGAUGUUUUAAGUGAGUAUUCACAUUUAGUAUUUGCACUUGAUAAGCAAUAGGUGCUGCUUAAUCUCUAAGUUUUAAAGGAUCUAUAAAGGGUUGACCUGUGUCAACUUACUACCCCGACAUCAAAUGUUAACACGGUUCAAUUGAGUUGCUCAUGUUAAAUUAGGAGGAAAACACCCUGGAGGACUAGAUGGUGAUGAUGUUAAAGUAUGUCAUCGGUCCUUAAGAGAUUGAUAAAAUAUUGCCCUGAAUAUCUAGCUAGCUUCAUCUAUAAAAUACGUGUCCAAUAUUGAAUUCCACCACGUCCUUACUACUGAGAAUAUGUCAACCUUUUUAUUAAAUUACAUUUAGAUGCUAAUGGUACGAGGCAUUUAAUGCUUGGUAUUGGGUUUAAUCAUUGAAUAAUGUUUAUAAACUAUGUUCUGUAGGACUAAUAAGCCCUUUGGUUUUUUUUUUUGUACAACAUUCUAAGAUAAUCUUAAAACUAAAAUCACACAUUUUGAAACAUUAGGCUUCCAUGUCAAAUUUUCAAAGUCACUAUCAAAACAAAUUGCAAUUUAACAUCUUCCAGUAACUUGAUUUACUUUAUACCAAUUUGGUUUGUACGAGUGUAUAUCUGAAAGAGACUUAAUCAACAAAUCGAAUAGCCUUUAAAACAUGCCAAACAGAACUCACGGUGAUAAACAUAUAUAUACUGAGUCUGUGUGUUCGUCUGUGUAUGAAUGCAUGUUUGUUAGUGUGUGAAACAGUAUAAUAGAUAAAACAAAGAAACAACAAAAAGUCUUCCAGAUUAUUUUUGUAUAAAAGAAUGUGUGAUAAGGAGAGUCCGUGUUAGAGACUGCCAGAGAGACACAAUGUCAGGAACAAGAAAUUGCACAGCACUAAGAAGAAAACUUGGUGGCCAAAAUAGGAGAGCUGAAAAACAAAGUAUUUAGCUUAUUAUAACAGCUCGACUAUUUUGGCAGAACAUCUAUAAUUCCUCUUUCAAUUCUCUGCAAUCACUUGUUUGCACGGUAGGAAUUAUUCACUGAGCAUCAAAAUAUUGUAAAUUAAAAUACGAAUUGCAGAUGUACAAUAACACAGCCAAGAUGUGACUGUAGAUGAGUUUUAGAAUUUUUACCAAAUCAGCAAUUCUACCUACAUUUCGUUAACCAUUUUUCAAUUUAUUACAGUUUGGCAUUUGGUAAAUAAUCUCCGAUGUGUCAGAGUGAGUGGAAGACAGAUAGACAGGGAGAGAGAGAAAUAGGUAGAAAUGGCUUCAUACAUUGUGUUAUUUUUGUCUUUGAGCCAAUAUGGUAUAAAGAUGUCUGAUUAGUAUUUACAUGUGACAACUAAAUAGGGGUGACAUUUUUGUAGUUUUUAUGUAACUUUUCAUAGCAUACAAGAAACCAGAAAGAGAUGACAAAAUUGUAGGAACAUAGCUAUGCACUUCUACUAUAAAACAAAUGCUAUUUAGAUCAAUUUUGGGGGCAGUCAUUUCACUGACACCUUUUCUAGAAGUAAUUAUUUUCUAUGUGUGCAUCAGUUGUGUCACACAUAAAAUUCUAUUCUCACAGAAAGAUAUUUAUCCAUGUCCCCAUUGAGUGUGAGAGAGCAAUAAAUGGCGUUGCAAAAAUAGAUUUUGGAGCACUGUGUGGAGCUAUCUCCAUGGAAACUAAUAGAAUGUUCUUGUUGUUUGCACCGUUUAUAUUCUCUAGAACUGCACGAUAAUAUCUAUUUAGAGAUGGCUGGACAGGAGAUCUGUAAGUGAGGGUGACAGAGAAAAAGACCAACAUUUGUGUAGUUGAUAGAUUGGUAGUGCGGUUUUGUGGCAAGAUGGAAGUUGCAGGGUGUGUAAGAAAGAUGCUGUGGUGUGUGUGAGAAUCUGUUUGUGACAUUAAGAAUAAAAUCAUUCUGUGGAAACGUGUGGGAGGAUAUCGUUACAGUGUGUGUGUAUGUGAGAGAAAAUGUGUGUGUAUGUUUGUCUAUAACAGCUCACAGUGUAAAAUGCUUCAUUAUGCACUUCACAAACCCACUGAAGCAAAGAACAAUAGCUAAAAACAGUCAAAUAACAAAAGACUUACUUACAAUAUCUAAAAUGAUUAGAUACGUGCUAGUAAAAUGCUGAAGGUGAGAGAGAGAUUGUGUGUGGCAUUAUGGGGAGUGUAAGCUUUGUAUUUGGUUGAGAUAUGAGUGAUCGAGACAGUGAAAUAUUCUGAGAGAGAAUAUAAGAGACCGAUACGGUGCGAAGGACAGAGGGCAAGGAAGAGGCUAUUGUCUGUGACUGUGAGUAUUGCUGUGUGUAAGAGUGUUGAUGCGUGUGAGAGGAGAAUUGGCUGCGUGUGAGUGGGAAAUAGACGGAAACUACAGAUGAUGUUUGUGAAUGAGUAACAAUCUUAUCUUUGUAAAUACCAAUCACAGACUGAAGGUACAUCCAUCUUUCUCAUGGAAAUUACAUGGAUUACACAGAAGGAAAAAGACAGACGGAGUAAGAGAUGAAAAUAAAUCUAAAAUAAAGCAAAAAUGAAAGAAAGAACAAAUAAAAGAAUUUAACAAAAGACAUAACAGAAGAUGUGUGUAAGAAAGGAUUGACUGAAACGGGUCAGAGGCUUCUGGUAACUGAGAUGGAGUGAAAACAUGUGCCAGAAUACAUGACAAGUAUAUGAGACAGACAGGAGAAACAAAAAAAAAAAAAAAUAAGAUUUACACAUCAAAUAGUUAUUCACCUAACUCACCCGAUGGCAAACUCAUUGAUGAAUAACAGUUGGAAAUAGAGCAGAGUGAUACCAUGGAUUCAAUUAUCUGCUGCUGUCAUGUAUUAUUGAUUAAGGGUGGGUGACCCAACCAAUAGUUAGUCUAAAAGUGGGUAAGAUAUUGGACCACCUGGAUAUCCUUUAAGCCUCUCUUUUUUUUUCUUUCCCCCUGGCUAUAAUGUAGUAUUUAAUACUACCGCUAAAGGCAGCAUGGCUGACCAAGGAACCUUGCAUGGGUCUGUUCAUUUUAAGGAGAUGAAAUGUUGGGAUACCAUCAGUAGAUGUUGGAGUCUCUGUGUGUGUGUCGGUAGGGUACAGGUGUGAUGAAAAAUAGGUAACUUGAGGCCAUAAGUAUUGGUAUUACAGGAGGUAAGUUUUCUCAACAGCAGCCUGACUUUGUAACAGGGAAUACCCGACACAGUUGGUCAUAGCAUGAUCGCGUGAUACAGGAAUGGUUGGUAAAUGAUCCUGAGUAUACUGGACUUAAAUGUUGAAUAAUCUAUCCUCCUUACUAGAGGGUCAUAUUGACGAACAUGGUGCUCGCCAUCUGCAAAUAAUUAGUGAAGUCUAUACCAUAAGGACUUUUUCAAUCCUGACCUCUAGAAAAAAUUCAAAUGGCACUAUAAUUUUUUCUGUUAGUUUUCCAUAUGUCGUUUGCUUUAUGUUACUUGUAUCUUAUUAAGUACGCAAGUCUCGAGGGAAGUUACACGUGCUUGUCAGAGUGCUCUGAUUGGUUGGCUUCCAAGGCAACCACUCAUAUCAUUCAGACUGAAAUUGCAUAGCGUGGGAAUCGUUUCUCUGCACUGAGCCUGUUGCAUCUAUACUUUAAAAUAAAAAUAUUUUUUUUGCAACCUAUUUUUUAAUUUUUUAUUUUAAGAGUAACGACAGGACGUAAGAAAAAAAAGACAUCUGAUAGUAAGUAUAAUUUUUGAGGUAUUAGGUUUGUUGCCUCCCUCACUAUUAUUAGGGUGAGAGAGGUAGGUAGGGCGCUUUUUUUUGGAGUGUUGCUAUGGGCUUGGGAACCCCUAGCCACUAGAGGAUGGCACAUUUUUUUUGGCAAGUGGACAAUGGCAUGUCCACCCCCUUUUUAUAUUCAAAUGUAGCCUCCAUCUGCCGCACAACCAUUAGUUAACGUUACUAGAGCCCCAACCACUACCCAUGGAUGUGGGCUUGGGGCUAUAACAGCCCAUUUAUUAAUAUUAUUCGAGCUAUGGGCAUCGGGGAACAAUAGGUUCCUUAUAAUUAGAGUCUACAUCUGCCACCUAUGGGUGAAGAUUGGUGGGGGACGUUAAGGGGGAGAGUGAUCUGUUCACCACUGUUUCUUAAAUUAAAGCACUCACCCAGUGUCCAUGGGUGGGGUCAUGAUGGUGGGGUACUUUUAUUACUGGUGACUGUCACUAUUUUUAAGGAAAUUUAUCAAGGAUUAUGUCAUCGAUAAUUUUACACUGAAUUGAUGAAUCAGAUAUUUUUUACACUAAGUAUAAUAUCAAUUUUCAAUACCUAUUGAAAAUCAAUACUGUUCAAAAUGACAUUUAUCGGCUCCUGAUAAGCCUUUAAUAGCAGUAAUUAAAUUGAUUCAAAACCAAUAAUAGGCUUAUUGGCAGCUGAUAAACUGCCAAUAAACAUUACCAGUUGUAAUGUAAUCGAGACCCAAGAUGAUUUGCAUCCUUUCGUAGACAACAGGCAGAAAGAUAUACAAAGAGAUAAGUGGUUAUUCAUCAUGUAAUCCAUUAUUACAAUGUGUUUUGCUUUUAAAACAUGUAUGUGCUUUAAUUCAGCAAAUCAUACGAGAACGGUGAUAUUUUCUAACCUAUUCUAUGUCACAGUAAAGUAAUGAAACAGUUCUCUCAAUCAUCUUGCAGUCAAAGACUAAAGAUACCGUCUUGACGAUCUAGUGUUUUCCGGGUCAAUGAAUCUGGGAUAUGAAACAUUGUGACGAAUCAUUGCCUCGUAAGAGGAUUUUCUGCUUUCUUGUGUUACAGUGUUGAAGAUGAAGCCGAUUAUAGUAAAAGCAUAACACUUGGAAUUAAUGUACUCGGCUGAGCACUUCAUAGAAAACAUCCAUUAAAAACUAUAUGAUGUUCUCAAGAGCCCUGACAUAAGCAGCGUUCAUUAGCCAUUGUAACAGGAAGGCUCUGGGGAUGAAUUAAGAUCUUCCCUUGCAUGGCCCAUUCAUCUUGCUUAGGGUUUAAGUACCACAAAUCAGCUGCCCUGUGUGAUUGACAGGAUUACAGCUAAUCACUUAAUUCAAAAGAAAUGACAGGAUUUACUGUGUUAUAUAUUUGUUUAUUUUUCCUUGCCAACACCUUAUUUAAAUUUUUACUAUAACAGGAUUUCAGUAGUUCACUAAUACAAGAAGAGAUUUAUCAAAAUCGCCUUCUAACCUCUAAAACACAAUCAUGUUAAUUAAAAUACAUUCUUGUUGCAUCCGUUGAAAUAUUUAUUUUUUGUGAAUCGGUAUUGGCUAAACAGGAAUUUAUUUAUAAGUUUAUGUAUGAUCUAGUUUUCCAGAAGAGGUCCUUGGAGCAUUCCAAGACUAUUACACUCAUCUCUACAUCCUAACCCUGCCCUGCCAGGGCGUAGCUGCCCAGCUACACCAAAGGAGAAUCACAGACUUCUUUGAACAAUACGUCACCGGUAGCAGAGGAACUGGAACAACCCCUGACUGUGGAGGAGUUAGAAGCUGCUCUUAAACUCUCCAAAGCUAACAAUGCCCCAAGACCAGACGAUCUCACGCCGACCUACCUUCGCACAUUCCAGUAACUACUGCUCCCAAAACUUUUGACAGGCCUCGAAUCUCGACGCUUCCCAGACGAUUCACUGGCUGCAGUGGUGACUGUAAUCCCUAAGAACGGUAAAGACCCAUCUAACUGUGUGAGUUUUCGCCCCAUCUCCCUCCUGAAUGCUGCCUGAUCUUAUCCACCCUGACUAGGUGGGCUUCAUCCCAAGCCAAGAAGCCCGACACAACACUAUCAGAGCCCUCAAUGUCAUUCGCACCAUUAUGCUCCUCUCCGAUGCAGAAAAGGCAUUUGAUCGAGUGGACUGUACCUACCUAUCGUCAGUUCUCCAGCACACAGGGCUAGGCCCGCACAUGAGGUCCUGGAUUUCAUCUCUUUAUACCACCCCCUCGGCAUGCAUCAGGAUCAACGGCAUACUCACCCACCCAUUUGCCAUCCGAAAUGGUGCACGCCAGUCCCCCCUGCCCCCCCUCCUGCUUGCCCUCUCUCAGGAACCAUUUCUGGAGGCAGCUAGAUGGAAGGGGGGGUUAUACGGGGUUCACUUGGGGCGGAACGGAACACCGCGUUGCGGCAUAAACCGUCGACAUGCUCUUUUUCAUAGAGCAGCCAGCAAUUACCUUGCCCAAUCUCCUAGCCCUCUUCUCCCUAUUUGACUCACUGACAAACCUAAAAUUGAACAUGGAAAAAUCGGAGGCCCUGGGACUUACACUCUCACCUGGCGUAGAGGCACACCUCCACUCCCCAUUUGCUCUCUCCUAGCGUACAGAUAAACUGCGAUACCUUGGCAUAUGGCUCCCUAUACACCUCCACAGCUGUACGCUCUGAACUUCCUUCCCAUCCUCUACACCCUCCAAACAGACAUGAGACGAAAGUCCGACCUCUAUAUGUCAUGGUUCGGAUGUAUUAACGCAGUAAAAAUGAACGUCCUUCCACACCUUUUAUAUUUAUUCCAAACUAUCCCAGUGGCCAUCUCCAGGGCUUUCUUUUAAUCCAUUUCAUUGACCAGCUGGAGCUUCAUAUGGAAUAAAAAAACGUACAGACUCCACAAAUCCCAACUGACCAAACCGAAAUACGCGGAGGGGAAGGGUCUUCCAUCAAUUAAAACAUACUACCAAGCUGCCCACCUACUUCGAUUAGCAGACUGGCACCCGCUUUCAUCACCUUAAUUGUGGGUGGCAAUGGAUCUUCAGCAAGGGGGAAGGACGAUCCUCACCAGCUCUGGCUAGGGGGCACCACACACGGCUCUUUACGCACAGGGAACCCAAUGAUUGACGCCACCCUACAGGUGUGAUGCUCCCUUCGAUACUCACACAAGCUGACCACUGUCCCUGGCCCACUAACUCCAAUCACAAAUAACCAUAAUCUCGAAGAGGGCCUUAGGCCCAGAGACCAACAGGGCUUUCUGAUCACUGACUGGACAUAUAUGCCAAUGGUGCGAUGCGAACAUGUUCAAACCACUGGCAGACUUGCUACCCGAGGAUAACCUGACAGGGAUAAAACGAUUCCGUUACCACCAGGUCAAAAGGUACUACACUUCUAUCAGUGGUAGGCCUUUUAUUACCCAGGUCCCUCACCCAGUUUAAAACACUUUGCACCUCGCGGUCACAUAUGUCAUGGGGAAUUUCUACACUGUACACCAUGCUUCUACUGGGAGGAGACAAGCAGAUCCCCAGAUUCACGGUAAGGUGGGAAAGGGAAACUGGGGAGACUCUCAUGGAAUCAGGAAUGGGACAAGAUGUAUGUCCUGACCAUGUAUGCUCCAUAAGUUCAAAGUACCAGGAAAUGAGCUAUAAAGUGCUCACCAACUGGUAUAGAACACCUGACAUACCCCACCGAAUUAACCCAUCAACGCCGGAAUGCUGGCGCUGCGGGUCUCACGCGGGCACAAUGCAUCUGGUGGUCCUGCCCUGACAUCUCCCCUUUUUGGACAGUGAUAGACUCGAAGAUCAGGGAAAUCCCAGAAUCCGACAUCCCAUUGCAGACGCUCCCAAUGCUCUUGCACCACACCACCGUGCUUUGAAAGACCUACAAAAAAUUCUUGACCAAACACCUACUUACAGCAGUGAAGUCCUUAAUACCGACCCUUUGGAAGCCCCUGGGUGUGCCUGCUUUCUAGCAGUGGGUACCUAGGGUGGAGGAGAUUUCCAAAAUGGAGUCCCUGACUGGGCACCUCAGAUAGGCAUCUCUCUACCUGGUUUCCAUGGUUGGACUACAUCUCCCAAAUGGGUAAUGCUGCCCAGAACUCCUACAUUCCCCCUGUCUCCCCCCCCCGGACCAGAGAGACCCAGAAUAGAUAAAGCAUCCCUGGAGCCUGACCUGGCUGCCUCUCCCUACCCCUUUUCCCCUCCCCUUUUUUGUUUUCUUUUCUCCUCUACACUUUUUCUCCUUUCUCUCCCUCCUUCUCCUCACUCUUUGUCCCUCAUUUCAGACUGCUCCCUUCCUCAAAACCUCCUACUACUCUCUUCUCGAACUCUCCAGUUCACAUUCAAACUAUAAGCCUACAACACGCGGCACCUGAAAGCCCCUAACAUACUCGCUUUUUUUGCCCAAGUGGGCAUGGUUCAAACGACUGAAUGAUCAGCCCCCCAGUUUUACUGGGGCUAUCUGCAACCAUGCUCACUACAGGUGUUAUUUAAGUAUUGUAAUGAAAAUGUACUUUUCAGGCCAAUAUGGGCCUUAUACCCAGUUACGAUUUCUGUAUCUCUUUGUGGUGGUUUAAAUACCACUUUUGAAAACUUCCUCUAAUAAAGAUUGUCAAAAAAAACAUUAUGUAUUGUGAUCCUUGUCACCAGGUAGCACGGUCCUCUAGGGCAAAAACAUGCACAGUCCUUGUAGUUGCAAAUACUCCAGGCACUUUAUUUGUAAAUCCACACAGGAUACAGCAGUAAAUGAAAAUCAAAAGUAACACAAAACCCUAUAAACAAACACCUAGCUCGUCUGAGCACUAACUGACUUUAGUUCCCUAUCUCUCAGGGUUAAACUAAACACAAUAUUGCACCAACCUUAUUAGAGAGCAACGCUCUGCUAUCUAACCUGUUGCUUUCCUUUCUGCACUCCCAGUGCUCCAAGCCAGCCUUGCCCUGACUGCUUUGCUUUCUGCACUCCCAGUGCUCCAAGCCAGCCUUGCCCUGACUGCUUCCUUUCUGCACUCCCAGUGCUCCAAGCCAGUCUUGCCCUGACUGCUUCCUUUCUGCACUCCAAGUGCCUAGUCUUCUUGACUAUAUGGAGAGAACAGCCUCUCUCUCCUACCUGCUUCCUGGGAGGAAGCCAGCAAUCCCUCUCCUUUUCCUGCCUAGCCGGGAGGAGUUUAUUCCCACUGCAACAGCUGAUUACCUGCAGCUGAGCAGUGGGUUGGAGACAGUCCAAAAAACCCUGGCCUGGAUCUAGGUCUCCCCAGAACACCACUAAACUGUGGAGUGGAGCAUUGGCCCACCCUUCUCUCCAAGUGCUCCACCCCAGGGGCCCAUAACUAAACAAUGCGUUGUGUUGUGCAAAACACAAACUACACAUACUCCCCCUGGGGUUAAAAGGCCUAUCUGCCUUCACUUUAUCACAUAUCCUCCUCCCCAGCUCAGACCCAUCGGGUCGAGCGGCCUUAGAACACAUACCGUGAACAUUCACGUCACCUAGGGCUGUACCAGCCCUGACUAGCUUCACAGUUACAGGAAGUGGCCUAUUGUGGAUGGCUGCUACCUUGCUCGCUUGUAUUUUAAGGAGCCCCCACCCAAGUGGAUAACUCAAAUAGUUAUCAAAUCCCAGAUAACACGUAGCAGUGUUAUCGGUCAAACCGGCAGCCUUUACCUUAUUUACAACUAACCGGACCUUCAUCAGGUGUGCUACAAAGUCCACCCUGUGAAUUGCCACAUCACCAAGAUAGGCAGCGGCAUACUCUGGCUGGAACAAAACACUUUUCAUCAAAGUAACCUCACUCCCUGAAUCUAUCAGUGCUUGUGCACUCUUCUCUACCACCAUCACCACUUUUAACUGUGCUGUAACACCACCACCAGUCACCAUACACAUCUUUAAGCAAGUCAAUACAAUCCUAUACAGAACCCUUAUUACUAUGUCACAUUGUAUUGUCUCUUCACUCUCAGGACAGCUAUAUGUAAUAUGUCCAUGCAUGCGGCAGUUGAAGCAGUUUUUCUCAGUCUGGUCUCGUAGCCAAAAUAGGACUUUUAGGUACGUUCUACCAUCAUAGGUAUAUUGUCCCAAACUUUGUCCUUGCUUUCCAGUUUCCCCGCUUAUCUGGUUGCUAGCGGAUCUAGGCUGAGGAUCAGUACUGUGUGGCUCCUUAGUAGCCAAGUUCCUCUGAAUCAUCAUCUGCUUCCACAUCCAUAGCAGCUUCUGAUUUGAUAAUCUCUCAACGUUAGAGUAACUUUCAAAAGCAAACUUUGCAAAGGCUUGGCGUGUAGCUAUACGUCCAAUUCCUUCAUGAGCUGAAUUUUCCAGGUGCUCAACCUCUUCAAGACCUGGUUCUGUCACCAGCUCAUCCUUCACUGGAACAAGUCCCUCCGCGAAGGGCUCCACAACAUGCUCCAUCUGUUCUGCGAAUCCCUGGGAACCUGCUUUGCUCCCUAUGGGGGUGUCCAGAGACGCAGUCAUGGCCUCUCGCUGGGUCAUUACAGCCCUGGUAUCAAACAGCCGGUCAGGCAUUCCGAGUCCCGCCUUUAAUUCCAUGACUGUGUUCCCAGAAUCUGGCAGCUGUUCCCGGUAGUCAGUGCGUCCAGGCCUUGUAGCAGUAGUCUUUGCCAGCAGUUCCAGUUCUACGGCUCCCAAACAAUCAUUCAAAGUCUUUGUAGCUAUACCAGGUGUCUCUGAAAUAUUUAAUUCCGCUAUGCCAAUGUCACCUACUUUGUGACGUUCGCCUUGGUCUGGCUUAGCUACGGACGUGCCCAUCUUAUCAUCAAAGCAUGGUUCCGUAACUGUCGCUCUCUCUUGGCUUAGAUCAGAAGCGGCUACUUUGCCUUUCUUGUUUUGACUUUGUUUUGCUACUACCUCUCGGCCUUGCUUUUCUCUGCCAAACUGUUCAACAGCUGGUCGACAUUCUUGGGUAGCCUCAGCUACUAAACAGUGCACCGCAUUGUUAUACUCCACUGGGGUGCCUUGCUUCUCUCCAUUUUGCUCAGCUCCUCUGCUGUUGUCUUCUCUGACUCCCCAAGUCAGUCUGCUUUUCAUGCCUUUGACUUGUUCACUUGGUUGUACAUCAGGGGCUUCUGCUUCAUUUUUCUUUCCCUGGCUGUAUCCACUAGCUUUACUUACACCUUCUGGGUGGUUUUUGCUUACCACCAACUCUUUUUCAAAGACCUCUUUAUCACUACAUUUAGGCUCAAUUUCAUCCUUCUUGCCUUCUAAUUCCUGUUCUCUCUCUCCUGCGUGUUUCUCAACAGCACGCUUUGCUGCCUCCAUGCUUUUCAGCUUGCUGAGGACUUCUUCUACUGCCUCUGUCAUCCCAUGCAGGAUGUCAGUAGCUUGGUUACAGGGACCCUUGUCCCCACGCUCCCUGCAGGGGGCAAUCUGCAAAACCUCAGUAAGGGCAGCUCUAUGCUCCUGCUGAGCGUCCCUCAGGUUCUUAACCUGUGCAGCCAGGAAACUGUUUGUGCCUUGUUGUUUAGCCGUUGCCUGUACCACAGCUCUCAGCAGGUCCUCCAUUAUAGCACCAAGCAGGUAACAGUCUUAAAGGUACAGUGCUACUUGUUUGCUUAACAGGUCUGCAAAAAUAAAAGUCCUCAAGCAGACUACCAAAUGACUGGCACACCCACAGACCCUCAAUGUGCUACUGUGCCCGCAUUCUCCACCAUAUUGUGAUCCUUGUCACCAGGUAGCACGGUCCUCUAGGGCAAAAACAUGCACAGUCCUUGUAGUUGCAAAUACUCCAGGCACUUUAUUUGUAAAUCCACACAGGAUACAGCAGUAAAUGAAAAUCAAAAGUAACACAAAACCCUAUAAACAAACACCUAGCUCGUCUGAGCACUAACUGACUUUAGUUCCCUAUCUCUCAGGGUUAAACUAAACACAAUAUUGCACCAACCUUAUUAGAGAGCAACGCUCUGCUAUCUAACCUGUUGCUUUCCUUUCUGCACUCCCAGUGCUCCAAGCCAGCCUUGCCCUGACUGCUUUGCUUUCUGCACUCCCAGUGCUCCAAGCCAGCCUUGCCCUGACUGCUUCCUUUCUGCACUCCCAGUGCUCCAAGCCAGUCUUGCCCUGACUGCUUCCUUUCUGCACUCCAAGUGCCUAGUCUUCUUGACUAUAUGGAGAGAACAGCCUCUCUCUCCUACCUGCUUCCUGGGAGGAAGCCAGCAAUCCCUCUCCUUUUCCUGCCUAGCCGGGAGGAGUUUAUUCCCACUGCAACAGCUGAUUACCUGCAGCUGAGCAGUGGGUUGGAGACAGUCCAAAAAACCCUGGCCUGGAUCUAGGUCUCCCCAGAACACCACUAAACUGUGGAGUGGAGCAUUGGCCCACCCUUCUCUCCAAGUGCUCCACCCCAGGGGCCCAUAACUAAACAAUGCGUUGUGUUGUGCAAAACACAAACUACACAUACUCCCCCUGGGGUUAAAAGGCCUAUCUGCCUUCACUUUAUCACAGUAUGAAAAAACAUGAGUAAAUAAGUAAAAUAUAUUCUGUACAGUCCUCUUUCUAUCUCAUGUUACCAUUGCAAGUGAAAAUACUUGAUUAAAGCGAUGGUCAGUUCUAAGCAUAGCAAAACUAAAUUGCCCAGCAACACCAAAACUGCAAUCAUAAUGACAAAGAGCUCCAGAAAAUCCAUGUACCUAAGUAGCUCUGAACCAUCCCAUUACUGUAGCCACUCUUGCAAAUAAUACUUACCUUAAAAGGAUGCACUAAUGACCACAGAACCCAUUUGUGAGCAACUGCUACACAUUAGAGUUCGUCGAUCCAUUGUACUAGUAAAGUAUUCUGACACAUAUCUGCCUUAGGUGGCCUUGUCACAUGCAAUUUUCAGGAGGUAAAGCCUCCAGUUGGGAUAUGGCCACGCUACAAGAGAAGGGAAUGCAGAUUUCUGGAGUGUGAAACUCAACCAUUAUCUCUUCUCAAUUCAGGAGCAUCUUGAAAAUGCCACCACUGAUCAGAGACCAGGGGGAGACAUUCAGGUGUACCAGGAACCAGAGUAGCGAGACCUUGGUACCUGGUCCUCCACAAAGACAUCUGACCUAUACUAAGCUCUGCCUGAGGCCUGGUAUUUGUUUUUUUUGCCCUCCCCCCUCUUCCUUCUGGAUCUUUGUUACAAUGCUGACCGAUUUCCUGGACUCUGACCUCUGCCUACCUUACCGACUACAAUACUCCACUGCCAGCCCUGACUUCUUCUCAUCUGACCCUGCCUUUGGAUUACCCCUUUAUCUGUACUGCACUUUGGUUUUUGCCUCCUCCUUGUGCCAUAUCCUGCACCUGGGCUCCAACUCCUGGUAAAUUGUGACAGCAACACAGGCAUGCGGGGAUGACCUAUUACCUUCUCCAGCAUAGAAAAUAGAGAGGUCACCACAUGAGCCUGCAGUUGGGCCAGCAAGUAAUCCAGAGGUACAGGGGGAACUCACCCAGGAUAGACACGGUGUAAAAAAAGUACUCUUUCAGAGCAAACACUACAGAUGCACAAGGACUGUGAGGAAUGACUUUCCUGCUCUCCUGCACCACUGGAAAAAGGAUAAGCCUUUUCAUAGACUCAUUAAGUAAAUUUUGUAAGUAUACUGCUAAUCAGAGAAGGGAUUACACAUUUGACGAAUGUGCAUAGACCUGCAGUCAUGUACCGCUUUCCUAAAAAGUCCAACAUUCUUGAACGAUGAGAAUUAAAAUAUGGAUUGCAUAUUGCUUGACAGAGAAUGAUUUAAAUUGUAGUCCAUCGACAUGACCAAGAGCGUCCAUCUCAACUGAAUGUUCCUCUAAGCACAGAUAAAAUAUUCAUUGCUUACUGAAUCAAUCAUUCUAUCUUUACUGAAACUAUAAUUUAUUUUAUAAGCAUUAUCCAUGCUACAUAAAACCUCAUUCUUUAAUUCAUUGUGUUUAUUUUAUUGUGAAGAGCAGUGUUAUUGUUUUAACUAUAUAAGGACAUUUUUGGUUUGUGUUAUAAAAGAUCUGAAAAACACCAGAUUGAAUAUAUAAAUAAUGAUUUGCAAAGCAAUGGUGUGUUUGGCAGAAAUCUCUGAACUUCACCUCUUUCAAAUUUCAAAUGAAAUAACAGAGAAGGAUUUAAUUCAUUUUUAUUGAAAGAUACAUUUAAUUUUCUAAUGAAAAGUCUUGCAGUUAUCUUUUUUUUAUAUAUAAUUAUUUGCUAUUUUUUGGGGGGAAGUUAUAAACUGAACAAGACUACAGGCUGAUGGUGGGAAACACAAACCACAUACUACAAACAUACAAAAUAUAAAAAUAGCCAGAUAGUUAACUUAUGUAUUUAAAAUUACAAAUUACUGGGGGGCGAGCCUGACCUCCGAGCAGUGCAGACGUGGGCAGCAAGAGCUCCCGCCUAACGCGUGGAUUUUGGGUUACAAUUUGUGGCUCACAGGCUAAAAUACUUACCACGGUGCACUGGCCACUUCAGGGGUGCACUGCUGAAUCAACUGACAUCUCACUUGAGUCCGCCGCGGCCGGGAGAGCUCAACGUUGAACUGCGAACUACUGGAGCAAGGGAGAGGCGGCUGCUCUUCCCCACACUAGACUCACCAAGCAACUCAGUCAGACUCCUACCCCCCCACUUCCCUUUGGACCGGUGGGGGUCAUCCCGGUGUGCACGACCCGGGGUAAAACGCUUACAGGAACCAAGCAAUAGGGCCACAUGCUCCAAGUCAAAAUGGCGGCUUCACGGAGUCCAGAUGGCGGGAUCCCCAUGAGGACCGCAUAGCGAAAGCUAUGGGCACAAUUGUGGGCCAAAUUGGCACAGACCCGAGCAGCCACAGAAGUCUCUCAACGGCCCAAUGCUCCACUUACACCAAAAUCAGCUCCAAAGAGAACCGUCAAAUCACUGACCGCGAUAAAGCUGGAGAGGAGGGUGAAGAGAACACCCGACCCAUGGGACGCAGACCCAACAUCAGUUACCGCCUGUUUGGGCCUCGGCAAAACCGGAGAUCUCCCACACACAGCUCUAAGCAUCUGAAGCCAUACCAGCUCACUUGGAGGGUUCCCGCUAGGCAAGACCACUGGCAUGCACAUGGACGAACCGGGAGGCUUGCACCAGAGGCAGACGGCAGCCGACAUUGUGCAGCCACGACAUAGAGGAAUCCCAUUACACGGAAUGCCUCUAACUAUUCCCUGACCUACAUCGAAUGCCUGCCAACAUCUGGUAUCUAGUGAAUCUGGUAUCAUUUGCACCAUGAUGACAUAAUAGGACUGAUCAGAUACUACACCUAAUAAUCCUGACUCUGCAUUAAUAGUUAAUGGGUUUUUAAGACCUGCUGUCCCUUCUCUCCCUCCACAACCCCACAAUGCUCAAAACGCUUGCCUACCCUCGCCUGAUUACCCAGUCCCAGGGGAAAAGUCUGACUCGUGUGUGCAUCACCAUAUUGUAGUACAUCAUAUAUUCAUUUAGAGUUACUUAGUUUAAUCUGCACUAUGUAUGACUCACUUGUUUAUCUUUUCACUAUUAUUAUCUCAUACUCCUUGCUCUUUAACAUUGGUUACUCUUACACACUUAAGAAUUACUACAUGUUUAAUGUCUCAAGCUUGACGAUCUCAACGUGACCUAGCACAUUAGACAUACUUAUUUAGCCUGUUUUUAGCUUGUAUUAUACAUUUUAAAAAAGUGUGCCUUUUCUCUGAUUGCCAUGCAAAUGUUCUAUGUUUGUUUUUGAACUGCCUGUAACUGCUCUCGUGGCAGGGCAAGCCUGUUUCUGUUGUAUCAUGCACAGCCAAAAUAAUAAUAAUAAUAAAAAAAAUUACAAAUUGCUAUACAAGGUUACAAUCUAACGUUUAACGUUUAACGUUUAACGUGUAAUACGUGUAAUAUUUUAUAUUCAUUAUUAAUAGAAAAUGAUGCAAUUUUUCUUUUAACAAUCCCAUCUCUCAGUUGGAGAUUCCUACCAACUAUGUUGUUCAGAACAGUCUUUUUACCUUGCUGCUAUCAUUCCCAACCUCAUGGUAGAUUGUAAGCUUGCCAGAUAAUGUAUCUUAUCUACACAGACUGAUUUCAAACAACAUGUACUGUAUGUCAAAGACACAUUACUGUGAGUAUUAUUGCUGAUAAGCUCUUUUAGACUCACCAACAAUAUGGAGCUCCUACAAAAAGAGGUGCACAUGUACUCUCAGUAAGGGUGGUGGGACUAAGCAUCCGUGGGUCCUGAUAUUAUAAGUAUUGUAAUUAUAGUAUCCUCCAUCACAUCGGUAGCAGUGUUCAUUUUGGCCGCAAAUUUCAAUUCAGUUUUAGUCUGUCUUUUGACUAAAAUGCCAUUUUAGUUUUAGUCAUAUUUUAGUCAUCUGAAUUGUUUUAGUUUUAGUCUACUAAAUCUCCAGUAGAUUUUAGUCGACACAACUGAAAUCUAAUGCGCUUAGUUAAAGCCUCUGUCUCUUUUACCCCUUCCCCAGCUCCUCUGUAUCUCUUUGUGUCCUCACAGACCCUGUCCUCCCAGUCCCGGGUCUGUCUCUUUUGCCUCUUCCACAGACCCCCUGUGCAGUGUUAAUUUUUUGGCAGAAAAUGUCAAUUUAGUUUUAGUCAUAGUCUUUUGACUAAAAAGCCAGUUUAGUUUUAGUCGUGUUUUUGUCAUCUGACUUGUUUUAAUUUUUAUCUAGUUUUAGUCGACUAAAAUUUGACUUAAAUUGUUAGAUGACAAAAUUAACACUGAUCGGUAGGACAUGGAGAAAAGAUUAGGACCUUUCAUUAGGUCCCCACACAUUUUUUCUUUCCAGUAGAUGUAUAUAUGUUAUAACGUUCUUUUUUCACCAACCAAAAUGAUGUAGAAGAGGGUUACACACCUUCUAAUCUAGUUGCAAUUGAAGUGGAACGCAGAUGAAACGCAGGUGGAACGCAUUUGGAAUGCAGAAGUAUUGAACCACAUUCACUUCUGGUUCCAGUUCACUUGAACGGGCCAAUCUUGAUUGGAAUGAAGCUACAGAGAUGGUGAACAGCUGAGGAGAUUUCGCCCUGAACCAAUGAGGUCACAGAAGGUCGGAACCAAACCUCUGUUGCCUGUCAUUUAGCCACUGCCUACCCCAUUCUACAAUAUUGUAAUCCAAACUUAAAGAUUGCAGUUUAUUGAUAAGCCUUCUAUGUGGAACAGUGUGAAAAGCCUUACUGAAAGCUAGGUAAGCAAUGUCUACUGCACCACCCUGAUCUAUUAUUUUAGUUACCCAAUCAAAAAAAUCAAUUAGAUUAGUUUGGUAUGCUAUCCCUGAAGUAAACUCAUGUUGUCUCUGACCUUGAAAUCCUUUAACAUGGUUUCCAUCACUUUCCCAACUACUGAAGUAAGGCUUACUGGCCUAUAGUUGUCUGACUCCUCCCUACUACCUUUCUUGUGAAUGGGUACAACAGUCGCUAAUUUCCAAUCUUCUGGGACUACUCCUGUUGACACUGACUGAAAUAAAUCCGUUAAUGGUUUUGCUAGUACACCACUAAGUUCUUUUAAUAUCUUUGGGUAUAUCGCAUCAGGCCCUAUUGACUUAUUUGUCUUGACUUUUGACAGCUGAAAUAGAACCUCUUCCUCUGUAAACUCACAUGUAACAAAAGACUCAUUUGUCCCUUUUCCUAACUGAGGCCCCUUUCCUUCAUUUUCAUCUGUAAAUACUGAACAAAAAUAUUCAUUGAGGCAAUCAGCUAGACCCGUAUCCUCUUCUACAUAUAUUCCUUCUUUUGUUUUUAAUCUAACUAAUCCUUGUUUUACUUUUCAUUUCUCAUUUAUGUAUCUAAAAAAUGUUUUGUCCCCUUUUUAACUGACUGUGCUAUUUUCUCUUCUGUGUGUGCUUUGGAGGCUUUUAUAACUUGCUUAGCCUCUUUCUGUCUAAUCUUAUAGAUCUGUCUGUCUUCCUCACUCUGUUUUCUUUUAUAAUUACUAAAUGCUAACUUUGUUUUUUUGGCCACAUCUGCGGAGUAGCACAGUGGUUUCUUAAAUUUUUUGCUUUUACUGACAACCAAUUAAACCAACCAAUCAGAGCACUCUGAGUGAAAUUGCAGGGCAUGGAAAGGCUUGUCUGUGCGGUGCCUUCGCUGGGUUAUCUUUUCAGUGUCGGGAUUGUUUUUUUCAGUGUAUAUAUUUUUUUUUUGCUUUUUUUUAUUUUGUUUGUUUAUUUUAGUUCGAUGGGUAUUAUGGAUUUUUACUUGGCCUUUUUGGGGGCUGAAAAAAGGAGGUUUUAGAAAAAAGAAGACUUUAAAUGGUAAGUAUAUAUUUAUGUACAGGUAUUUAGUUUUAUUGUUUUCCCCUCACUAUUUUUGGGGUGAGGGAGGUAGGUAGGGCUUUAUUAAAUUUGUUGAGUGGGGGGUGACUAAGGACUUGGGUUGGGGCCGGAAGGGAGGAUCAUAGAUUCCCCCCAUUGUCAUUUAGGGCCCCCACCUGCCGCUCUUGUUGGGGGCUGAGGGGUGGACAAUAGGUUCCCCCCAUUUUCAUUUAAGGGCCCCCACUUGCUGCUCAUGGGUGGGACCAUGAGGAACCCUGUCCCUGUUUAGUUGCAUAGCUCCCACUCGCGGGGCUCGGGGCGACACUAUGUCACAGGCUGCUCACUGUUUAGUAGACAUGCCCCUAAUCGUGGUAUAGCGAGUAGGGGCAUUUUGGAGAUUUCAAUCUCCCUUAUGCUAUUGUGGGGGUCAUAUUGACAUGGAGUGCUUAGGAAGUGGCAGGAAACACAGCUCCCUGUCGCUUCUAUUUUUACGUAUUACAAGGAUGUAGCUGCGAGUCCGUAGCUCCAUCCAUGUGAUAAACUGAACGAACAAACAAAACAACAAUAUUCGAUGUUUGUUUGUUCGUCUGAAAUGUCUAUUCAUUCCUUUGUCUUUCUGCAGAAUGAAUGGACGACAUUCCCGUCGGAAUUUAACUGGGUGUGCGCGGGAAUUUCAUAGUGCUAUCUAUGGUGGGCAGAUGACGUGUCCUACAGGUACUUCAUCUGCCCACACAAAAAUGUCAGCACCCAGGACCUAGGUACGGGCACAAAAUAAGGCUAAAAAUAUUUAAUAUGGGGGCUUAGCGGCAUUUGGAGGUGACUAGGGUGGGAAUUAGAUGAAUAGGAGUCGGGAGGGGGGGUUAAAAAAAACUUGGAUUUGGCAAUGACAGUGCCGCUUUAAAAGGGAAAGAAACAAUUAAAAUAAAGGAUAUAUCAUAAAAACAAAUAAAUGUAAAUUCAUGACUAGUAUUGGAGGGAUUUCAUGAUUCCUAAAAUGAAAUAAAAAAAUAAGUAUAUACAAUGCACACAACAUUAAACUCAUUCUUAAAUACAUAAAACCAUAUGUGAAAAAAACUGUUAUUUUUUUUUUUACUUGUGUACCCCUUGGCAGCCUUUUUCCAUAAAUUGUACCCCAUAUAUUAGCAAAAUGUUUGUAAUUCAUUUAGUUGCUGUUAUUUCAAAUUGAUAUGUUUUUUCUCUGCUCCUCCUCUGCCUCAGACUCCCCCUGCGCGUCUCAUUUGCCUCAGGUGUAUGCCACACUGACAUACAUGCAGAUGCACAAACACACAAACUGAGACACAUGCAGAGACACAGAAGCAAACACUGACACUCAUGCAGAUGCAUAGACACACAGAUACAAACACUGACACACAAAGUUGCACAGACACAGUUACACACUGACACACAUACAGAUACAAACACUGACACACAUACAGAUGUACAGACACACCGAUACAAACACUACCACAGAUGCAGAUACACCGAUGCAAACAAUAACACAUAUGCAGAUACAUAUACAUACUGAUGCACUGACACAGAUACAAGCUCUACAUACAUACAGAUACAGACACCCAAAACACACAUACAAGGGAAACAUUUUGCCACCCUACUGUUUCCUACCUUAUGGAAGCAGAUGGUUGACUUAAUCUGGCUGGAGCUGUUGGGAGUUAGGGGCUUGCACUCUCUCCUGGUCUGCACACCCUUCUUUGUGUUCUGUCUGAUUUAGUGACCAUCAGGAAUUUGGGAGGAGGAGAAAGAGCCAAGGGAGCCACAUGUGUAGAAGAGGGUUAAGCGGUAGUUGGUGGGAGGUAGAGUUAUGGAGGCAGGGGCGGAGCUAUACAGUGCAGGCUGAGUGAUGCCGACAAGGGGGUGGCAUUCACAUAUUGUUGGCGUGUGAGGGCAGGCACUAGCAGCUCACGGAACGUCCCUCCUGUGUGGCUGGGUGUGAGUGAGCUGAGAGGAAGUGACCGUCUCUCUCUCACUUCCUCCCAGCAGAGAAGUAGGGGCCUGGUCAUGCUGUUAAAGCACCACAGCGCACGGCCGGUCCCCUCAUGGCACAUGUCAAUCAAGUGGCCCUAAGUGCAUGGGCCACCCGAUGGACCUUCAACCUGCGGUUUCCAACCUGUGCAGUGCUAAAACCGCCAUUACCAAAUAUUUUUCACGUACCCCUGGGUGUAUGCGUACCAUAAGUUGGGAAACCUUGCCUUAAAACACCAAAAACACUCUUUAAUAAGCUUAACACGUUUGGACCUAAAUAUAUAAUGUCAUUUCAAAAUCUGCAUUCAAUCCAAAAGGUGUUAAAGACUCUAGUUCAAAUAUCCACUUCAUAUUUAAAGUGUAUAGUAUCUAAUGUUUACACCAACUUUAUUGCAAAUUCUGUUUAAUUUUGAAUUUCUUAUCUCCUUCUCUGUUACUAGCUUCCUAUCCCCUGCAGGAGUCUCUAGUAUGUAAUUAAAGUUCAAUUUACAGAGCAGGAGUUACAAACAUGUAAAGUUAGUUACAUCUAAUUGAAAGUGAAACCGUUUUGGUUUCAUGCAGGCUGUGUCAGUCUGGGCUGAAUAGGCAGAAACAAAAGGGAUUUAACUCCUAAACGGCUGUGAAUUGAGCAGUGAAAUUUCAGAGGCGUGUUCUAUACACCAAAACUGUUUCAUUAAGCUAAAGUUGUUUUGGUGACUAUAGUGUCCCUUUUAAAGCCGUGUCUUUAUCACCUCCAGUGUAUUUUAAUUUUUUCAACUGCAAAAAAAAUCAAACCACUGGGAUCACCAUUAUGGACUUUAGAGAAAUGCUUGGAAACACAAUGGUUUAAAAAUAUAUAUUUUUAAUAUUAUUAAUGGGACACUCCAGACACCCAGACUACACCUGCCCAUUGUAAUGGUCUGGGUGCCAACUCCCACUACCCUUAACCUUGCAAGUGUAAUUAGUGCAGUUUUUCAUAAACUGCACUAAUUGCCUAACAGGGUUAAGUCCUCCUCUAGCGGCUAUCUAAGAGACAGCCACUAGAGGAGCUUCCGGGUUCUUAAAACACUUUUAGUUGCUGAACGUCCUCACGCAAUGCAUGAGGACCUCCAGCGUCGCCAGAAUCCCCAUAGGAAAGCAUUGAAUAAUGCUUUCCUAAGGGGGAGUGUAAUGCGCAUGCGGCAAUUGCCGCGCAUGCACAUUAGGUCUCCCCCGCCGGCUGACGUUGGCGGGGGAGGAGAGUUGGCUAAGCCUGACCCAGUGCCGAGGGAUACAGGUAAGUCACUGAAGGAGUUUUAACCCCCUUAGCAACCUGGGAUUGGAGGUGGGAGGGAGAGGGGUUUUGCAGUGCCAGGAAAUGGUUUGUUUUCCUGGCACUGGAAAGUCCAUUUAAUAUGUUCCCUAAUACGUAUCUUUAUGAGCCAGGAUGUUUUGCCAGCGUAUUGGUACCCGCAAGGACAUGCUAUUCUAUAAAUAAAGUUUUCCAUGUUACAAGAAAUGAAAAAAAUAUAUUUUAUAUCUCUUUUGGGACAUGUGGGAACUAAAAUCUUGAAUUCCUUUUUGUUGCCAUUCUUUAACUUACAUCCUACGCAUAUUUUUUCUCUAUAAAACAUCUGGUUCUGGUUAAUACUUGCUUUACAUUCUUUGCUCCCCUAAAAAUUAAUUUAGCUUUUUCUCUUACGUAUGUAUUAAUAUCUUGAUCCUGCUCUUAUGGCAUGCCAAUACUUCCUAAUCAUUUUCUGUAAAACCUUAUUAUUAGAACUAAAAUUAGAAAUGAGUGGCAUUUCUACUUGUUCUUCUUUUUGAUCUUUGUUUACUUUUAUUUUAUAUUCUAAGAGUGGUUUUCUACUCUCGUCAUUACUAUUUCCACUUAUUUUGUCCAGGGAAUUUCACUUUUAAAACUUUGGCCUGUUUCUCAUACUCCUUAAUCUCUGUAGAGUUCCUCCUAAUUCUUAGGAACUGUUCUUUUGGUAUGUUCUCCAACCAAAGUUUAAAUGUCAACGUUUUAAAUUAAUAAAAGUAGGACCUUUUUUAAACAAGUAAAUGUAAAUAGGUGAAGGGAUGAAGUGGCAGAGGGAUACUUUAGUGUUACGAAUACAUCUUUGUAUUCCUAACACUAAAGUGUUCCUUUAAACUCUUGUCUGAGUUGCUCAGCCUAGUAAAUCACCAAACAGGCAGUCACAUGGUGCUUGGUGAACUUUUGAGAAGUACAUAAAAUGCAAGCUCAGCUAAAUCUCAAAAGUGCAUUAAUCUAAAACCUAACAAAAAUGUUGCCACCAACCAACAAUAAAUUCCUUCUCAAAACAUAGAAAACAAAAACAAUAAAAAGAAAUUAAACCCAUUUCAGUACACAAUUAUGUGAAGAAAAGUAUGAGGAAAAAAAAAAAAAAUAUAUAUAUACAUACAUACACCAACACUCUAGUGCCAACAGGAUGCUAGUCUAGUGGAGCUACUGAUGGCUUACAAGACCUCAAGCAAAAACAACCUUAUUGAAUCAGCUAAUGAACACAAUAAAAUAAAGUAAAUUGUGUGUAGUCUUCAUAUCUCCUCAGGAGCUUAAUUCAAAUAGUUCCGUGUUUACCUUUGAUCAUCAAUCAUCAUUAUCAUAUUUUUAAUGAUGUACCUCCUGGAUUUCCAUCCAUAGUGUCAAUAUAAAUUAUCUUUCUUUUAUGAUGUGUAUAAUCACGUCAUAAUGUGUAAAUGAUGUGUAUAAUCACGCUCAUAACAUCCGGUAAUUUGUAGGAAUGACCAUGAUUACUAAAAAGGCAACACAGAGGUUCCGAAAAGGAGACCAUCUACCUCACAGUUACCCUAUAAAACUGGUCUCUGGUGGUCUCCGUUUAAGGUUAACAUUACUUCUGAAACAGAAGUUUUUCCAAUAACUUAGCUGAUUGUGGGCACUCAUAAAUAGAUGGUAGAUUUAAACCGUUUUAAGUGAUCUUUGCCCAUAAUGAAAAGUUGAUUUACAACAUAAUUACAUUUAAACAAAUCAAAACAAGUUUACAUUGAUAAAAAAUAUCAGACUAGAUUACUUGGUAACUUAUAGUUUACUUUUGAAUAAAAUCUCAGAAGGCCAACAUGAGCUUGUGCUGCUGCAUUAAGGUUGGACAGUUCCUCUCUUUUUGAUUUAAAAAGAUCUCUUGUGAUACAUUUGAUAUAUCUUCAUUUAUAAGAGCUAAUGCACAAAAAAUAGGAAAUCCCAAUAAAUUAAAUGCAAAUUGCAUAUUCUUUCGAUUAUAAAUGUAUAUAACAACUUUAAUAUAAGAAAAUAUAUAUUUAGACCCUUCUAUUGUCAUAAGAUCAUCCAUAUGUACUGAUUCACAACAAAUUCUCUGCCAGGACAAAUACCAAUCUUAAACUAAUUUUCAAUGAAGUCUAUAGGACUAGUAAAAGAGAGAGGGAAAUAGUUUUUUUUUUUUUGUUUAAGUAGAUUUUUUUUUUAAUUUGUAUAUUUUAGUAGAUACUCUUAUAGGAACAAAAAUAUUCAAUAUAGUAUUUAAAAAAAAGAUAAAAAAAAAAGUUUAACUCUCGAGUACCCAAAGUGUCUUGCGUGAGAAGAGGGUGCUUUGAACUGGCGUAACUGCUCUCCAGACUGACUGAAUGCAGCUCUGGUUGUUUUAUUGCUUGUUACCCCACUCAGGGUUUCCUAUGGAGAAGAUGUGUGCCAUGUGCUCCGUGCCCUGAGGAUAAUCGGUCUAGAAUGAGCAUGUCUACGGAUAUACUCAAACUGCACGGAUGGAGGAUAUCUUCCUUAUAUCCCUCUAAUUCAGGACAUUCGGACAGAAUCCCAAAUUCAGGAAAGUUUCAUCAAACCAGGAAGAAUUGAUGGUUGUAUAAUCGGGAUGGAAGUGAGAGCAGCCCCCAUUUUUGCAAAAAGCUUGGCACACACCUUGUAUAAGAGAAAAAUAUUCCUUAAAGGGAUCCUAUAGUGCCAGGAAAACAAAUCUGUUUUCUUGGCACUAUAGGCUCUUGGAGUGCCCCCCUCCAUUGGGAUCCCCCUCCCCCGGCGCUGAGGGGGAUAAAACUUACCUCUAAAUAUAUAUAUAUAUAUAUAUAUGUGUGUGUGUGAUGCAAGAAGAAACCAGUUGUUGUUUUAAAACAAUACAGUAUUACAAGGCAUCCUAAAAAAAUCCUACUUAAUGAAAAUUCAUUUUGUGUAACAAAUUUAGCAAAGUUUUCCGUUUUGAUCUGUGAGAUACUUACUUUCUCACAGCAAGAUCUAGAAUAGAAUGCCAAAUAAGAUUCUAUUCAACGAAAGGCCCUAAAACUUCCCAAUUAUAACAUCUUGCAUGCACCAUACUGUUAUUCCUUAUGCUGGUUAAUAUUCUAUGUUUGAAGCAGAUCAAAGUUUCACUAGGCGUGCUGCUCUCUGAGUGUUGUUGACUAGUGUCUCACUGUGAUAUUUUUAAUUGGCCAGCAUGAGAAUUCUUCAUUAGCAGAUAUCACCGGAUGUCCAUUAUUGGAAGCUUGACUUGUACUCAGAGGCAUACAUCCAUUUUGCAUUAAAAGUUUAUUUUAUAGCAUAGAGGACAUUCACUAUGAAUACUUGAUCCACUUAUCGUUUAAGGUCAUGCCGAUAGGUCCAGGACGACUCAAAGGGAACUAACCACCUAUGGGUUUUUCAUAAAUACACACUGCUUUAUUAAUCACUACUUUUAUUAUUUACUUUUUAUUUUGCUUUCCAUCAAAGGAGAAACUUUUUCUUAAGAAUUAAUUUGUCAAAGUUUUCACAAGGCUCAGCAAGCCUUUCAUCCUUGAAAUCUUUCCUAUAUAUAAACCACAUACAAUUUUAUGGCAGGGGUAGAGGCCUGUAUAUAAUAAAUGUAGUUGAUUGGGAAGACAAUAAUGAAUUGAUAAUUAACCCUUUGUCAAGGUAAAUAUAUACAGUGAAGGAAAACAGUAUUUGAUCCUCUACUGAUUUUGAAUGUUUGUCCACUGAUCAGUCUAUAAUUUUAUUGGUAGGUGUAUUUUAACACUGAGAGGCAGAAUAACAAAGAAAAAUACAGAAAAAGGAAUGCUAAAAAAGUAAUAAAUUAAUUUGCACGUCAAUGAGUGAAAUAAGUAUUUGAUCCCCUAUCAUUCAGCAAGAGUUCCAGGUGUCUUUUUUAUACAAGUAACACGCUGAGAUUAGAAGCACUCUCUUACAGGGAGUGCUCCUAAUCUCAGAUUGUUACCUGUAUAAAAGACACCUGUCCACAGAAGCAAUCAAUCAGAUUCCAAACUCUCCACCCUGGCCAAGACCAAAGAGCUGUCCAAGGAUGUCAGGGACAAGAUUGUAGACCUACACAAGGCUGGAAUGGGCUACAAGACCAUCGCUAAGCUUGGAGAAUGCUGGUGCGAUUGGAGAAUGCUUAUGGUGCGAUUAUUCGCAAAUGGAAGAAACACAAAAUAACUGUCAGUCUCCAUCGGUCUGGUUCUCAAUGCAAGAGCUCACCUCUUGGAGUUUCAAUGAUCAUGAGAAUGGUGAGGAAUCAGCCUAGAACUACUCGGGAGAAUCUUGUUUAAUGAUCUCAAGGCAGUUGAGACCAUAGUCACCAAGAAAACAAUUAGUAACACACUACACCGUGAAGGACAGAAAUCCCGCAAUGCCCGCAAGGUCACCCUGAUCAAGAAAGCAUGUACAGGCCCAUCUGAAGUUUGCCAGUGAACAUCUGAAUGAUUCAGAGAAUAACUUGGUGAAAGUGUUGUGGUCAGAUGAGACCAAAAUCGAGCUCUUUGGCAUCAAUUCAACUCACCGUGUUUGGAGGAGGAGGAAUGCUGCCUAUGACCCCAAGAACACCAUCCCCACCGUCAAAGAUGGAGGUGGAAACAUUAUGCUUUGGGGGGGAGGAGUUCUGCUAAGGGGACAGAACAACGGCACAGCGUCAAUUGGACGAUGGACAGGACAAUGUACAAUCAAAUCUUGGGUGAGAACCUCCUUCCCUCAGCCAGGACAUUGGAAAUGGGUCGUGGAUGGGUAUUCCAGCAUGACAGUGACUCCAAACACACAGCCAAUGCGACAAAGGAGUGGCUCAAGAAGAAACACAUUAAGGUCCUGGAAUGGCCUAGCAAGUCUCCAGACCUUAGUCCCAUAGAAAAUCUGUGGAGGGAGCUGAAGGUUUGAGUUGCCAAACAUCAGCCUCAAAACCUUAAUGAUUUGGAGUGGGACAAAAUCCCUCCUGAGAUGUGUGCAAACCUGGUGGCCAACUACAAGAAACCUCUGUCAUUGCCAACAAGGGUUUUGCCACCAAGUACUAAGUUGAAGGGGUCAAAUACACCUACUAUUAAAAUUAUAGACUGAUCAUUUGUUUGUCAGUGGGAAAAUGUUCAAAAUCAGCAGAAGAUCAAAUACUUUUUCCCUCACUGUAGUUAGCUAAUUUUAUUUGUGUUAAAAAAUAUCUUUGUCACAUCAUUUGUGUGUACAUCUUGUGAUAAGGCUCCUGUGGCAAAGGUCACACCAGGCACCAAAAUGUAUUUCUUCUAUUUGUGAAACACAAGUUCUAGAAAACUCAAAACACACUUCUACUUUAAGACAACCAAAUAUACAUGACAACAAAUAAUUACUCCUCUUCAGGAGUCUAACAGAAUUAUCCACUGUCACUUGGUAUUGACAAAAUAGCCGUUACUUUACUUCAUUGUACUUUAGUUUAUCUUACUUCAUUAACUUAGCUGUUUAGUUAAGCAUGUGUUCACUCUUAUUAAAUCUAAAAAUGUGCACUGUUUAUCCAUGCCAUACAACUGUCUUUCUAUGAUUAUGGAAACUCUGGCAUACGCUGUUGUGGCAUUGCUGGCGUAGCUGUAAUUUGUCUAAUCUAUGCACGACAAAAUAAAGAAUUAAAAAAAAAAGAAAAGAAAAUAAUUAUCCACUAUCCAACAGAACAGUUGUGAUAGCAGAAAAAUAUUAAUCGUAGCAGGAAAAAGUGACCACUCUAACCUCCUGCUAACAUACACUCCCUCUCUUACCCUGUCACAGUCUCUAAAUAAAGUGUAAGAUUAAAACAGGAAAUAAAAUUGUAUUAUGUAAUCUAUAAAUUUGCCGGCUGGGAAUGCCACGUUCCUGAGGAUUUCUAUAUAUUAUUCACUUUCUAACAUUUAUCAAUGAUGGCAGAUCCAGCUAGCAUCAAGUUAAUGUCCCCAGAUGCAGCAUUCAUGUAAAAUAAGAAAAUCCUGAGGAAUAUUAGACAACCACAUGUUCCAUACAAAAAAGGAGACCCAAUUUGCCUACUUUUUAAAUUGGGGUCUGCCUUUCUCCGGGAUAUCAGAGCGAGGGUCAUAUCUAAUUUAGUCUGGUUAAAAUGCUUGCGAGUACUAAAUGAGGUUGUAGCGGAGAGGCAGUAUGAUCCACGAUAUCUCCGCUGGGUAACAGGAACAACAAGGAUAAUCCAGGGAAUCAGCAUCUAAUAAUCCAAACAGCACUGCAGUAACCCUUCCUUCCCAAGAACUAGACGACACAUAGGCUGGGAGUCAACUGAGGUUUUAAUCACAGGUCACAGUAUUUAUGCAAUUCCCCAUGCAAGGGGUUUCCAAACAGACAUUACAGGGGUUGUACAGGAGGGGACUACAUGGGGGACUUACAGUACUACAUAUUUCUCCCAUCAGGCACCGCUGCACGAGAGGGAUCAUCCUCCCAGAAUGCACCGUUAAGGGGAUUAUCCCCUCGUGCAGCAGAACCGGCAAUUCACACAAAAAUCCACAGCUGGUACAAUAUACGGUGGAUUUACACGAAUGGACGUUCGGUAGAUAGCUGGGGUCUGGGCGCAUCAUUCGUGAGAUUGCCGCUCAGAUCCCAGCUAAAAUAACCGAACGCCGCACAGAAAACACCUUUCUUUCAAAACACAUGAAAAGAACCGAUUGUCUUUAGUGAACCUGGUCCUGAAACUCCCGAACGUCCUGGAGGCUUAACGGUGUUCGUGCCGUCGAAUAACUGUUGGGAAUGCUAUGCGUUCGACGACACGGACCCGCUGACGAACCAGGGAUCCAAGAUGGCCGCCCGCCGCAUGGUCGGUAGUCGAACGACGGCCACCCAGGAGAGCCUCUAAUAACCGAUUGCAACAAUGUUGCAAUCGGUUAACUAGCGCCACACGCCUCUAAGUGUGUGGGCUAUUAGGGGGUAUCGCAUUCGUUUCACGAACGGCCCUCCAAAGUGCCGUUCGCGAAACGAACGGGAAUCCCCAUACAAACCGCCAUUUGCAUUCGGCGGAACAGAUAGGUACAGGCAAUGCAGGGAAUACAUGAAGUAGGCACAUACAGGUACAAUGCAUCUCUCUCCAGACCUAUAGGCAACCCUUAAAGGCAUAGUGUCCAGUUAUAGUCCGAGUGGCUAGGUUUGCCACAAUGCUCCCCCAGAACCAAGCCGGCAUACACAGUCUGAUCCCAACGGAUCGGCUUGGGGAUGUCCGGAGGAGUACUCACGAAUCACGGCUCCAAGUCUGUUUGUCUAGACAACCCGUCGGCGUUGCCAUUCUGCUUCCCAGGGCGGUAGUGGAUAGUAAAGUCAAAAGGCUGCAGCGCCAAACUCCAGCGCAGCAGCCUGGCAUUGUCUCCGGACACCCUGUUCAGCCACACCAACGGGUUGUGAUCCGUGAGUAAAGUGAAGGGUUGCCCGUAUAAGUAGGGUUGCAACUUCUUGAGGGCCCACACCACAGCCAGGCACUCCUUUUCAAUGGCGGCGUAGCUUACUUCCCUGGGUAAAAGUUUUCGGCUUAGGUAAGCUACGGGGUGCUCGCCGCCAUCGGGUCCAACUUGGCUCAGUACUGCUCCCAAUCCAAACAUAGAAGCGUCUGUGUGGACGAGAAAGCGUUUAGUUGGAUCAGGAGCAGAAAGUACAGGAGAGUUAACAAGCGCCGUCUUGAGCUGUUGGAACGCCUGCUCACACUCUGGGGCCCAGACUACUAACUUAGGGAGGUUCUUGCGGGUCAGGUCUGUGAGGGGUUUGGCGAGGGCGCUAUAGUUGGCCACAAACUUCCGGUAGUACCCGGCGGUCCCUAAAAAGGCGAGCACUUGGGUCUUGGUGCGAGGGGUAGGCCAUUGGGCGACUGCCUCUAUUUUAGCAGGUUCGGGUUUCUGUUGCCCACUCCCUACCCGGUGUCCCAGAUACUGGACUUCCGCCAUACCGAUAUGGCAUUUGCUGGGUUUUAGGGUCAGUCCGGCCUCUCGGAUUCGGUCUAGAAUGGCUCCUAUGUGAACCAGAUGUUCGUGCCAGGAGUGGCUGAAUAUGGCGAUAUCAUCUAGAUACGCGCAGGCUUACUCCUGGAACCCAUCUAACAGUCUGUCCACCAUUCUCUGGAAGGUAGCUGGAGCAUUUUUCAUCCCGAAUGGCAUAACCUUAAACUGAUACAGGCCAAACGGGGUGACAAAAGCCGACUUAGGGAUGGCGUCGUCCGCUAAGGGAAUCUGCCAGUACCCUUUGCACAAGUCUAUAGUGGUUAGGUAUUGACCCCUGGCCAUCUUGUCGAGGAGUUCGUCUAUUCGGGGCAUGGGAUAUGCGUCAGAGGUCGUUUUAUCGUUGAGCCGUCGGUAGUCUACGCAGAAACGGGUCGUCCCGUCCCGUUUCGGCACCAGUACUACCGGGGAGGCCCAGGGGCUGUCCGAGUGCUCUAUUACUCCUAGCUGAAUCAUCUCCUCAAUUUCCUUGCGCAUAUUCUCCUUGACUGCUUCUGGAGUGCGGUAGGGGGGUUGGCGCAAGGGGGUCGAAUCUAACGUUUCUACCUUAUGGGUAGCCAACGGGUAUAGCCGGGUAAAUUGGAAAACGUGGCCUUCUUUUCCCGAAGCAACUUUUGUACCUGGGCCCGUUCUUGGGUAUUUAAUCUUUCUCCUAACUGUACCUCUCCCAGAUCUCCGCUCUGGCCCGCUUGGUCUAGGAGAUCGGGUAGGGGUAGGUUAUCAAAAUCUUCCGUGGCAGGGGCACAGAUUGCGGUGACUUCCUCAGUCCGUUCGUGGUAUGGCUUGAGCAUGUUCACAUGGAGCAUGCGUUUGCCUCCCACGCCGGUAACCGGGCCGAUCACAUAGGUGGUGUCACAGAUCUGUUCCACCACCUUGUAUGGGCCCUGCCAGGAAGCCUGCAGCUUAUCUUUGUGGACGGGUCGCAGGAUUAGGACUUUCUGCCCCACCUGAAAGCUGCGGUCCCUGGCUCCCUUAUCAUACCAUCGGCGCUGUCGUUGUUGCGCUACCUGGAGAUUGUCUCGGACGGUCUGGGUUAGCCUCUCCAGGCGUUCCCGGAACUCGAGCACAUAUGGUAAGAUAGGGGUGCCAUUAACGGUUUCGUCUCCCUCCCAGUGUUCCCGUAUCAAGUCAAGAGGUCCCCUCACUCUCCUCCCGAAUAAUAAUUCGAACGGAGAGAAUCCGGUGGAUUCUUGCGGCACUUCUCGAUACGCGAACAGUAGGUGGGGUAAGAACCGCUCCCAGUCCUUUUGGGUGUCCAUGAACGUGCGGAUCAUUUGUUUCAGGGUUCCGUUAAAUCGUUCACAGAGCCCAUUGGACUGGGGGUGAUAUGGGGAGUUGAGGAUUUGUUGUAUCCCACAUAUUUUCCAGAGCUGAUGGGUCACUUCCGCAGUAAACUGGGUGCCUCUAUCGGAGAUAAUCUCCCGGGGAAAUCCUACCCGGGUGAAUAUCCUCAUCAGGGCCUCGGCUACCGUUUCUGCGUGUACGUUCGUUAGGGCCACUGCCUCGGGGUACCGGGUGGCGUAGUCCACCACAGUUAGGACAUACUUCUUGCCGGAGGGGCUGGGUUUUGCGAGGGGACCUAUAAUGUCUACUGCCACCCUACUGAAUGGUUCUUCAAUGAUGGGCAGAGACCGUAGUCGGGCUUUGUAUCUGUCCCCCCUCUUGCCUACCCUUUGGCAGGUAUCGCAGGUCUGACAAUACCGCUUAAUAUCCUGGGAAAUACCUGGCCAAAAGAAGUUUUGGGUCAGCCUGUGCUUGGUCCGACUGAUGCCUAGGUGUCCAGACAGGGGGAUAUCAUGGGCUAUGCGUAACAGCUCUAACCUAUACUUUCGAGGCACUAUUAGCUGUUUAAUGGGCAACGGUAUUGACCCGGACACUACCUUCUCUGCGUGCCGAUAUAGUAGCCCUUUGUCCCAGAUAUAUCUUUCCCCCUCUAACCCAGCUUGAUUUUUUAUCCAUGCGGUCUUUGUACACCUGUAACGAAGGAUCUAGGGCUACUUCGGCCCCGAACUCUAUGGAAUUGGCCCAGGGCAGGGUAGGGGGUAGGGGAGGGUCAUUGCUUACCUGAGCCUCAGAGUGUUCGAAUGGUGCAGUGGUGCGGGCCUGUUGCCGGGUCACAACCGGGUAUGCUUCUUGUACGGUGGGCUGGGGAACAAAAGCCGAAGUCAGCUCCCCCAAAUCGUUGCCCAAAAUCACAUCCGCUGGCAAGUCUUGCAUCAUCCCCACAUAUACAUUCCCGUGCCCCGCUCCCCAAUUCAAGUGCACCUUGGCCGUGGGUACUUUGUAAAUGGCUCCCCCAGCCACCCGCACAGCCACACAGUCCCCCGUGAGCUUGGGCUUUGGUACCAGAUGACUGCGUACUAGAGUUAGGGUGGCUCCCGAUUCACGAAGUCCUUGUACUUUCCUCCCUUCCAUGUGUACUUCCUGGCGGUGCCCUUGGCGGUUAUCGGAGGCGGCCUGGAUAGGGUUCACCUCGUGUAGAGUACCGAGGGGUUCCUCCCGGGUCGUCCCCAACUCCAGAUUUUGGUCGGAUUCGGCCUGUAGACAGUGGACUGCGGCACGGUUGCUCGGGGCGGCGUUAUUCCAGCUGGGUCGAGGCCGGUUCCGUGGGCAGUCUCUCUGGAUGUGCCCCUGUUGGUUGCAGGUAUGGCACCGGAUUGGUGGACGUGCUGAAUAUCUGGGGGGGUAGGAAUUCUGAUUUACCCCUGGUCGCUGGUACGUUGCGGGGCCCCCUGGAGGGCUGGCCGUUGUAGGGGGGAUGGUGGCUCGGGUUGGUAUGGGUUGAUCUCUCCGAUUGUCCUGGAAAUCGUCUGCCAUAUUAGCCGCUUCCUGCAGGGUGUGUGGCUUUCCUGUCCCGGAUCCAGUUUUGUAGGUAGGUCGGGACGCCAUUGAAGAAUUGUUCCAGUACCAUUAGCUGGAACAGACCCUCCAAUGUAUCAACUUGGGCGGCCUCCAGCCACCCUUUGGCAGCUCGUUGUAGCUGGUGCGCCCACUCCACAUGGGUGUCCUUACUGGGUUUUUUAAUGUCCCGAAACUUCUUUCGGUAUGCCUCUGAGGUGAUGGCAUACCGGGCUAGGAUGGCCCGUUUUACUUUAGCGUAGUCUCUACUAUCCUCGUCUGGUACUGCCCGGUACGCUUCGGCGGCUCGCCCAGAUAACCUCCCCGCUAGUAGGGGUACUCUGUCUGCAUCAUUAAUCUCGUGCAGCAAACACAGUCUCUCGAAAUCCUGUAAAUAGUCGUCAACGCCACCCUCUGUCUCCACAUAGCUUUUGAAGGCUUGAUAUGGGAUUUUGGUUUUCCCUGGGAAACUAUGGAUUGGCGUUGCGGCUCUUUCUCUGGCUUGCUGGUUUCCUGGCGGCCCCCUAGCCAUAAUGUACUCCUGUACAUCGGCGAACAGCCGGUUAAACAUUUCUGUAGAUGGUGGUUCAGGAAAUAAAGCCAUUCGUGCUCGGAAUUCCGCUGUAAAUUCGUUGUUUUGUCCCUCCAUUUGAGGUGCUGCAGCAGCUGCGGCUCUGUCUCCUUCCAUGACCUCCGUAAUUAGGACAGCCUUUGCCUUGUUACUGGCGAUUGCUCCUCUUGCUUCCAGCAGCUCCUUUAAUGUGCUCCGUUUUAGCAGGGUGUAGUCUGUUCCCAUUCACCUGCUGUUCGUGAGGUUUAUUCGAAUGCGCUGAUUCCCGAAUGCUGGUUCCUUGAUUCGUUUAAAAAUCUGCCGAACGUUGCUUUGCUGUGUAAAUUCAAUCCCGUCGCUUGCCACCAAUUGUAGCGGAGAGGCAGUAUGAUCCACGAUAUCUCCGCUGGGUAACAGGAACAACAAGGAUAAUCCAGGGAAUCAGCAUCUAAUAAUCCAAACAGCACUGCAGUAACCCUUCCUUCCCAAGAACUAGACGACACAUAGGCUGAGGUUUUAAUCACAGGUCACAGUAUUUAUGCAAUUCCCCAUGCAAGGGGUUUCCAAACAGACAUUACAGGGGUUGUACAGGAGGGGACUACAUGGGGGACUUACAGUACUACAUAUUUCUCCCAUCAGGCACCGCUGCACGAGAGGGAUCAUCCUCCCAGAAUGCACCGUUAAGGGGAUUAUCCCCUCGUGCAGCAGAACCGGCAAUUCACACAAAAAUCCACAGCUGGUACAAUAUACGGUGGAUUUACACGAAUGGACGUUCGGUAGAUAGCUGGGGUCUGGGCGCAUCAUUCGUGAGAUUGCCGCUCAGAUCCCAGCUAAAAUAACCGAACGCCGCACAGAAAACACUUUCUUUCAAAACACAUGAAAAGAACCGAUUGUCUUUAGUGAACCUGGUCCUGAAACUCCCGAACGUCCUGGAGGCUUAACGGUGUUCGUGCCGUCGAAUAACUGUGGGGAAUGCUAUGCGUUCGACGACACGGACCCGCUGACGAACCAGGGAUCCAAGAUGGCCGCCCGCCGCAUGGUCGGUAGUCGAACGACGGCCACCCAGGAGAGCCUCUAAUAACCGAUUGCAACAAUGUUGCAAUCGGUUAACUAGCACCACACGCCUCUAAGUGUGUGGGCUAUUAGGGGGUAUCGCAUUCGUUUCACGAACGGCCCUCCAAAGUGCCGUUCGCGAAACGAACGGGAAUCCCCAUACAAACCCCAUUUGCAUUCGGCGGAACAGAUAGGUACAGGCAAUGCAGGGAAUACAUGAAGUAGGCACAUACAGGUACAAUGCAUCUCUCUCCAGACCUAUAGGCAACCCUUAAAGGCAUAGUGUCCAGUUAUAGUCCGAGUGGCUAGGUUUGCCACAGAGGUUGUGUGCGAUUGAUCCACUUUGCAAUGAGUCCACACUUGGGGAAUAAUGAGAGUAUUUCAUGGAGUGUGCAGUUGUCUAAUAUUCCUUAGGAGCACUGUUUUUCUUAUUUUACAUUGAAGUGGAAGUAUUGUUCUUUUUUCGGUGAUCAGAAGGUGCUUGUAAAACACCACAAUGGCUUAAUUGUGGAGCUGCAAAAUCGGAGGUAUUCUGAACUGGCAUCUUGCAUGUUUUAUUAACAAUGGCCCUCUGCAUGUGCCACAGAGUUUUUUGUAGUAGUUAUCAUGUAUCAAACAUGUUCCAUCAAGCAUUUCAAAUACUACAUAAACUCACACCAGUCACGGUCCUUUCAUGAUUCGCGUGACAUUUAGGUGCAUUCCUGAGUGUAUGAUUUGCAUUUUGCUUGGCUAGUUUUCAUCUUUCUGCUCUAUGUAAUCGGUGAUUUCAGCUUAGCUCAAUGUUAAUGUGUCAUGUUUGUUGCCUUGGCCUCAGGGUGUUUGUUGACUUUCCAAACCUGAAUUCACCAUUUUGGUUUUCUACCACUAUAAGUGAUUUUACGAAGCGCCAAAACACCUACUGCUAGCAGUUUUGUCGUUAUAUGGUUUUCUACCAAGCAUAGCGAUUCAGUGGAUAGAUAGUGCAUCUUCCUUUCCCGAUCAUACUUGGUCUAUAGCUUGUGAGUACUAGUCAUACCAACCAUGGCCUUGAUUUAAUACUUGUGGAUAACCAUUUUCAAUAUUUUUGAAUACAACUUCAAAAUUAUGUAAUAUUUCAAUAUUUUCUAUUUAUUGAUAUCAUUUCACAUAUGAUAUAUUUCUGAUAUUUUAAUAUUUUGAAUUUCUUUUUUUUAAAGUUUAUCCAAAAUAUAAAUAAAUAUAAUUAAAAAAAUAUUUUUUAAAAGCUUGUCCAAAAAUAUUAAAUGAAGGUUCAUGUGAGGCCCAAAUAACAGAAGUUGUUAAUAAAGCACAUUAUAUUUCAGCACCUCUUUAUUUUAAAUGUCAUUGGUAUAUGGCAUAACAGUUUCUGUUAAAGGAUAAUGGCUUUGAUUUAAUUGUUGGAUAAGAUUUCCAAAUUAUUUAAUAUUUUGGAUAAACUUCUAAGAUAAUUUUUAACAUAUAAAAAAUAUAUCUCAAAUAGAUCAAUAUAUCAAAACAAUUACAAAACUAAAAUAUGUUUCGUAAUAUUAAAUAAUUUGCAAAGAUUAUCCAGCAAUAAUCAAUCAAGUCAAAUGUUUGGAAUUAGUGUAUAACCUCACUUUUCUAAAUAAAAGAUUUACUGUUAAUUCUUGAUUCAAAUCUGUGCAUUAUUGUAGGACAUUUAUAAUGCACAAUUGUUUAAAGGUACAUUGAUGACUUGACAUUUUUUUUUUUUUUUAAACUAGCAAGCAAACACCUUUACAGAAAUAUACAGACCAAAAUAAAGCAAGAAAAACCUAGAAAACCAUGUAAUAAAUGUUUAUAGACAACAUAAACCUUGUCAGAUUGCUUUGUUGGGCAUGCCUCUAAGCUACUUCCCUCCGUCUUACCCAUCCAUCUUAGUUUCAGACCAAACCAAUAAUGACAGAAACAGCAGCAGGACUGAGAAGCUGCUGUUUCUUCCCCUGCACUGCAUGAAUCACACUCAGACUCCCUCUCUUCUCCCCAUAUCAGUAUUUUGCAAGAUGAAGAGAUUGCACAUGCCUUACUCUGUCCGGCAUGCCCAUUGCUUAUUUCUAGCAUUCCUAGGGAUAGGACACUGAUUGGUUGGAUCAGUGUCCACUGUAGAGAGGGUUUAGAAAACAUAAGAAAGAAGAAGCAGAACAAUUUGAAAAAAAUAAAUCAUAUUUACCUGUCUUUUUUUUUUAGCCUGUUGAGUGAGGCAAUUGUGUCAUUUUGAACCUAAAGCUUUUGCAUGAGAUCCAUGUCCCUUUAAGAGUUUGUCAGUAACUUGUAAUACACUUAUUAAUCAAAUACAUUGAAAACACAUUAAAAUAUUCUUACUUUUGUCAAAAAACUGCAUAUUUAUUUUGCCUGAUUUUAUUUUUAUGGCAGUGUUCUUAUAUUCUUAUUAAAUGUGCUCACAUAGCAUGAGGAGGAAUGGGAGAUAAAUCUAAACAGCUUUCAACCUAUAUCAGCGGCAACAUACUGUUACCCCAUAUGGUCAGUAUCAAUAUGAAUUUGAAGUAGAUCAAAGUUCUACUUAUUCUAGGAAAAUAAAUAAGUGCUGAAAUACAUUUUUUUUAAAUAGUUGAAAUUUAAACUUCAAUACUAUACAAUCCCAAACUACAAGUCACAUUUCCAUAACGUUUACAGAUCAUUUUAUAUUUCAUGUAAUUCAUUAAAGUUAAUUAUUACUCAUAAAUAUUUCACAUUAUUUUUAAUUAUAUAAUAGACUUGAGUUUUAAAGAAAAUCCGCCUCGGCCGAAACCUAUCUUUCUGGAAAUAGAAACAUUUUUAGGACACUUGAAUUUUAGCUGAAUGUCAUCUCUUCAGCUCGGCAAAAUUUCGGCACAUAGAAUAUAAUCUUAACUCCCUGUUCAGAUCUACGAAGCUUUUAAUACCCAGACAUUGAAUCCUUUAUAGCACUGAGUAUUUUAUUUUUAGUUUAAUUUGUGUAAGACCCAACAUUUAAUUAUUCCAUAAUGUCUUUUUUUCUGUAUCUGUUUACAGAUUCCAAAUGGUUUUUGGGGUAUUUUCAUUAAAGGGACACUAUCGGCAACCAGAUCAUUACAUCUCAUUGAAGUGGUCAGGGUGGAGUAUCAGUGUCCCCUAAACCCUGCCUGAAGGGAUAGGCUAUAAACACCAGAAACACUACAUUAGGAGGUAGUGGUUCUGGUGACUGUAGUGUCCCUUUAAGUUCCAAAUGGACAUUACAUUGUUUCUGUGUGUUUUUUUUAAAGGGACAUGCAUCACUUGACAAUUUCAUUUUAACCCCUUAAUGCUAUUACAUUUUUUACUUUAUUUCCAGUUUGGUGGACUUCCUGGACUGUUAUAUAUAUAUUUUUUAACAUAUAUAUAUAUAUUUUUAAAUUAAAUUCUCUGGGCUUUCGGUCUCGAUUGUCAACCAGGUAACUCAAAUACUAAUUAUUAUAGUCAAAUAAUUAUGUAAACAUUAUAUAUGUGGGUUUGAUUAUAUAUAUAUUAUUUUUUUUAAAUGAUUUAUAUAUGUAUAUAUAAUUUAAUUCUAAACUGCCUGGACUGUCCACAAAACUGGUAAUUAAGUUAAAAAUAAAUAAAUAUAUAUAUAUAUAUAUAUAUAUAUAUAUAAAUAUAUAUAUAUAUAUAUAUUAAGUUGUAUGAAGUUUAUAUGAAGGGGCAUAUAUUUAUUUUUUUUAACUUAAUUACCAGUUUGGUGGACAGUCCAGGCAAACGGUGGAGGAAAGCACGUCUAGCGUCAUUUCACACAGUCAACCUCAUUUAAACUGCAGGACUCCCUGCUUGUAUUGCAGAGGUAGAGAUGAUAUACACACACUAUGCGGGAAGUACUCCCGUCAGGGUGCUCCAGACAGGCAGGGUCACAAACCCAGGAAAAAUUCAAUAGAACAAUGUAGAUCAGGGCACACCUGGCGGUUUCUUCGGUAGGCAACUUAUAUAAAGUGCAGAACAAACACAAAGUUUUGGCUCCAUGGAGCCUUUGUCAAGUCUUGUCAAGUCUUGACUUGAAGAAAGCCGAAACGUUUUUGUUUUGCACUUUAUAAUAAAGCUGCCUACUGAAGAAACCACCAGGUGUGUCCUGAUUAACAUCGAUCUUUGGAUUUCCUUUUGUGGCUGCCUGGUAGACAACCAGUGUUUUACAUUGCAGGGUCAGGGAUAGGGUCAGGGAGAGGGACCCAGACCAAUUCAAUGAGAAGAAGUGGUGUGGGUGUCUAUAGUGACCCUUUAAUAAAAAUACAAACGCUAUGGCACCUUUAAACAUUUAUAAGCUUGGGAGUGAUCUGCGUUCCAAAAAUAGACACAUUUUGUUUCUUGCUAGUGCAAAUUCUAAGCAAAGUACAAACUUUAAUAAGAAACUGUUUUGUUUGAAAGUUGUAUGUUUGGUCUUUUGGUUGUAUGUCAAUUUGAUAAAGAUGUUUGGAACAAAUUGAUAGGAAUUAUUUCACAAACUUGAUGUAACAAAUAAUAAAUCUAUAGGAUUUUUUGACAGAGCAUUUGAUAAAUUGAUCCAAUCUUAGCAAGAAAUCACUUUUUGUUCACAGACAGAUUGCCGUACAGACGAAAAUAAAGAAACAUCAAGCUCUCUUUAUAAAUGGUUGGCUUUAAUAAAAACACAUCACAAAGCACCGAAUGAAUACAUUUUUAUUGCCAUAUUUGGAAUAAAUGGUGAUAUUUUUUGGCACUUUUGUUAUGUUUGUUUCUCUUUAGAUGAAUCCACACAUAUUUUAUUUUGUAUUUUAAAGGAAAGAUAUCAGAGUUUCUUCUGCACAUCACAUAUAUGCAGAUAUGCACAUCACAUUACAUAUGAUUCAAAUAUAAAAAAUAUUAAACACUUUUUUUUUAAUAGUAUUAAGUGUAAUAAUUUUUACACAGCUGGCACAACUAAAGAGAUAACUUAAGUAGACUCACCUAUUAUUCCUGUUUGUUGAAAUGCCUCAUACGUCCAGAAUGAAAUUUUUUAUUUAUUAAUUUUUUUAUAUAUUAUAAUGGUAAUAUUGCAAGUAGUCAAUUAUGGUUUUAAAGGUAAAAAAAAUGCAACAUUUGGUUUGUGGAGACUAUAGCAUUAAUAGAAGUCAAAUAAUCCAAAUCUAAUAAACAACACCCAAGGCACUAUAUAUUUAAAUUAGAUAGUUUCAACACUUUUCAUUUAACCAUUUUAUCACCAACCAAGUUUAUUUUUUGUGUUUUCCACAACCUUAGUUUUCAUGGACAUUUCACAGAAUGUGUUUGUCCCAUGGCCGUAUAGCAGGCUUAUAUCCUGCUGCUGGCCCAAGUAUGGCAAUACCGCCAAGCAGACCCUUGUUGUUAGACUUUUAAAAAGUUGCAGGGUCAAACUACAGACAUGCCAAUUUCAAGCUUUAAAAAUGUAUUUAUUGGGCCAAUAUUUUUGGAACAAAAUGGUAGCACCUAACUAUACCUAACUGUACUUAACAUUAUGGCAUUCCAUUUGUAAAACUUGGCAGCUUUGUCUAUUCUGUGUCUUUUCACUUGUCCAUUUUAUCCCAGAUUUCGUUUGAAUUUUUCUUACAUUUGUUUUUCAAAAACAUACCUGUCCCUUGCUCUCUCCUAAAGGGCAGCACUUUACUCUCUUCUCCAGCUCUGCUUCACUCCCACCUUAUUUGAUUGCUAUUUCCUGUCCUAUUGUGUUUUACACCCCACCUCCUAUAGACUGUAAGCUCGUUUGAGCAGGGUCCUCUUCAACCUAUUGAUGUAGAUUAAUUUAGAAAUAAACAAAAAUGUUUAAAAGUCUAUCUGUUCCUGUCCAAAUCUGAGAUGAAUAAAUUGCGUAUACGCAGAAGUAAGUUCACACUGACACAUGCAGUUCAGGUUAAAAACACUUCAGGAAAUUUAUUAGCAUCUAGUUAAAAAGCGGGCACGCAGGCCUUUUUAUAUGCAAAAUGACAUCAUCAUUGAAUAUCAGAUAAUAACAAAUAAACAUCAUUAAUUGGGUUAAAUGUUAAGUGGCUAUGUCAGUGUCCACCCAUUAAUAUUAUUAAUUGGCUCAGAGAUUUGAGUGACUAGUGAGGCACCCUCCCAUCAUGGGAUGUCGUCGCCAUUGCUCUUUAGCACGAGGCUUACUCGGUGGAAAGGGGGGCUUGGGCGUCAUUUUACGUAGUUAGUGAUGUCAGUCUCGUGGUCUGUUCCAAGGUUCUUUUAUGAAUAGAACAUUUCAUUUUGUCACUGUUCUCCUGGCCUUGGAUUAUACUAUGUUGCAAGUCAACGGAGAUCCGCUAACUCCGGGGCUAGUUAUGUCCUUAGAGAGAGAAAAUACAAUCUCUUAUUCAUUAUACUAAAUACUGUCAGGAAAUUCUGUCAUGUAAGGUGAACAAAAUGGAGUUAGUACAAUAAUUCAAUACAGGUUCUAAUAAAGAUUUUAAUAAUUCUACAUCAGUCCCCCCUAUGAAAUGUUAGAUUCUAAAAGAUAAUCUUUAUUUGUUAGUAUCAGAAGACGUGUUAGCCCAAAGGCACAGAAACCCCGUGACCCGCUAGCUAGGUGUUAUUGCAAAGUGCAAAGCUGUCCCUUCGUCUGUCCCUAAUUGGCUAACUCAUCUGUCCGCUGGGCACUCGAACACUUCACUCCAUGGGUAUCCCGAGGUGGCUAACCCACCACAUCUCCGCACGGUAGACUUCCCAGACAGACAGAUGCUGUCCCUAAGCUGGUCCCUUCCUAGAACUCUUGCACUUUAUCAAUAAACGGGAUAGAUUGUAGCGGUAUACAGGGCGAGUUGACUUUUUGGAAAUCUUGGUCAUCAACUGUGAGGUGUGCGAAAGUGGGUGCCGCUUGGUCUACAGUCUUCAAGAGGAGCUUUCUCAGACAAGGGAGGACACAACAAACGAGAAGAGCAAAGAUAAAAAGGAAAAUUAGUAUUGCUAUACCAAUAUGCAUCAAAGCUUUUUGCCAUCCUGUCAUCCAACCAAACCAUCUCUCCCAGGGAUCUUUUAUCCCAGAGUUCCUCUUUAGCUCCUCAGAGAGCUCUUUCAAUUUUCCUAUAGCUAAGGUUACUUUACCAUUGGGGCCUGUGUUUUCUGGGAUGUAAGUACAACAUGUCAUGGUGUCAGGCAGAAUUUUACAUACCCCUCCUUUUUCGGCUAGAAUCAUAUCUAAAGCCAUUCUAUUCUGGAAUGACAUUUGGGACGUAGCCUGCAGCUGUUCGGCCAAACCCUGAAGGGCAUCCCUGGUGUAAUUAACAAACCGUUGUUGGUUGUAGUAGAUGUAAUUUAUCCAAUUUAAAUUCUUGUUUGCAGUGACUAUGGUAAAAAGUGAUUCAAAUCCUGCAGCAACUUCAUCCCUGGCUUUAAACUCAUUGGGCACCCCCCUAGGUACCCCAAUGGCAUCAAUGUAAAUAUGAGGGUCAAAACUGCCUUUUACUGGGGCUUCACGCUUUACCUUGGUUGGUGAGUGUUUGGACUCAUGAGUCUUUAUCCAUUCUUGAUCUCAGCUGUAGAUCCCCACACAACCAGUAAAUAUCCCCCAAUGAUCUAGUGUGGAAUUGUAGGAGGUUCAUAGAGACAGUUCUGUAGGUGGCACAAUAACCUUUAGAGAAGUUACCCACAAAUUUACCAAUUCCAUCAUAAUUAGCAUAACAGGUAUAAUUACCUUUAUAGACGGUAACACCAUCUGGGGGUUUGCAAUCUUUGACUAGAAGAGGAUACUCUACUGUCCAUGCUUUACAUAUGGACCUAUUGAAAUUGUAGUGAUAGGCAAAAAGACUCAGAACACAUUCUUCUAUAUCUACUGGCAAAGUUGAAGGCACAGUGCCCAGGUGCGGCCGGGCACCACCACACACAUAGCAUGCAGUUCUGUUAUGUUUGUUGGCAUUAUAUUUCAUCCAUUCUAACCAUAGAUUAACAUCAUUGAAACCUGUUUCAGCAGCCAUGGUAUCUUCAAAUGUUGGAUUUGCAAUGGCCAUCAUGUCUUUAAAAGAUUGGAUGUGUGGUUUCAACGGAUUUGAGUCCCUUUCCACUCAGGAGAGUGGCACAUAUCUUUAAGGUGGAAAUGUCCUAAUUUAUUAUAGGAACCCUUCUUCCAGUACAUUCCCAUUACAUACUGGUCUGCAUCCGUUGGGCUGGGAUGCUCAAUGUUUAAGAUUAAUUUCAUAGGUAUGCCUCCUCCGGGCUUUCUCAGAGUCAUUCUCUGGAGGAGGGACCUACCGUGAUCAUCAAUUUUAGAUAAGACACUUUUUGGUUUGUAACCCCAGGCAGGCCCGGCAUUCCAUCCCGCCGCCCCCCAAUGGUUACAGUUGUGCCCCCAUUGUUUGUCAACUACACAAACAUAGGGGUCUUUUGAAUGAGGGAUAUCUCUAUAGAUAUUCUGAAUCUGUGACGUGGGGAAUGGGCAUUCUACGAUGUCACAGUAGUCAAAAGUAUAAGUAGCCACACGGGUACAUGAUGAAUUAUACCAGAAGGUGUACCCACUAGCAUCUUUGGUGAUGGCCACCUGCUGGGCUUUAAGGAGGCCAACUAAGGAGAUAAUGUACCAGAGGCACAUGGUUGCAUAGAGUUAGCUUCCUCUGGGGCAGGUGUCUUCUUGCAAUGGGAAGCGUGGAUCCAGUUAGGCCUUCCGGCCAAUUUGACAGAGGUAGGGGAGAUCAGGAGAACUUGGAACGGACAUUUACUGUUUUCGCACAAAUUUCUUGACCAGAACCCAGUCAUCGGGGAGCAGACUGUGGUUGCCUGUGUCAGAAUCAGGAUCUGGAAUUGAAGAGAAAACUUGGGCAUGGAUUUUGUUUAAGGCGUUUGCGAGUUCAGUUACAUAAUCUACUAAGACAUCAGUUUGAAGUUGUAGUUGUUGGGGAAAAUAGCAACCUAGCCUAGGUGCAGUCCCAAAUAGAAUCUCAUAUAGGGACAAUGAGGUAGUAUUUUUGUACAAGAGCAUUCAUUAGAUCCUUUGAUAAAUGUGCAGGUCCGUGUGCCCAUUGUACGACUGCUGGGUACAAAUUCUUAGGGAGGCAGAACUUGAGGUUGUUGGAGUACACUCCAUCCUUCAGAACUGCCCCUUUCUGUUUCCACUUCUGUAUUUCUUCAGGGGCAACUGUAGCCUGUUGUUCCCGCAGGAUUUUUAGGUCAGUUGGAAGAGUCUGCAGAGUAAAUAUGGGAGUUUCUUCAUUUCCGGACACUCUUCUUUCCACUUCCUGUGGUUCUUUUGCAGCUUGUUUUGCAGCCUGAUCAGCUAGAUGGUUGCCCCUUGCUUCAUCUGAGUCCAACUUCCCAUGUGCUUUUAUCUUCAAAAUAGCCACUUCUUCUGGGAGUAGGAGGGCGUCCAUCAGCUCCUUGAUUGCGGAACCGUGCUUGAUUGGUGUACCGGCGGUGGUAAGAAAUCCUCUUGUUUUCCAAAUUAAUCCGAAGUCGUGAGCCACGCCCAGUGCAUAUCUUGAAUCCGUGUAGAUAUUGGCGCGCUUUCCUUCAGAGAUCUUGCAUGCUGAAGUCAGGGCUUGCAAUUCAGCUUCUUGUGCAGACAUAGUUGAUGGUAAAGAUGAUGAUUUGACAAUUUCAUCUGUUGUGGUUACGGCAUAUCCUGUAUGGUAUCUUCCUUCUUCAUCAGCAUAUCUUGAGCCGUCCACAAACAGGGUGAGAUCGGGAUCUACCAAUGGGUCUUCAUGCACAGUUGGUAGAUGUGUUGUUUCCAUUUUCAUCUGUUCAAAACAGUCAUGAGGUGUAUCUGGGUCGUAGUCAUUCACUAUGGUUAAAUCUUGGAACUCAUUCUCCAGGAAAUGACGCGGCCAUGCUUUUAGGUGGUCAGUUGUUGGAUAUUUGACAACACCAUUUUCCUGUAGCUGUGAUUCGUCCAUAGUGGCCCAUGCUUUUGCCAUAGGCCCAAGAUCAUUCCAUGAUAUUGUUUUCAACUUGGUCACAGGGACAUGUGGAAUGGCAGUGUCCCAAUGACGGUACAAAUGCUUGAGUUCCGGAGGUAGAUGAAUCAAGACCAUACUGUUGCCUUCAGAAUCACAGUAGAAGUCUUGUGCAGUGAGUUUUACUUCGACCAGAUGAUAGAGUUCAUCUUCAUAGCAGGUUUCAGGAGUGAUGUUUGAUUUGUACCACAUGGUACAGAAGGCAUAUCCUGCUCCGUCAUGAAGGAGUGCUUGUCCAUCAUGAAAGGAUAGGUUGGGAUGCAUUUCCUUCUUGAUGGUGCCAGUGAGAAGAAAAACAUAAGUUUCGUCCAUGAUGAAUCCGUAGUAUACACCCCCCUCAGGGAGUGGCAGAAGAGUGGACGGAUUGAGAACUUGACAUCUUUGGAGGGUAAUGUUGUCAGGCAACAAAAGAUGACAUUGAAGGCGAAGAUGCCUAGCAGGAGUAACAUGCUUAAGUUGGACCUGGUUGACUAUGGCAGAAAUGUCAUGGGGGGCCAAGACAACCAGGGGGUGGCCAAGGACAAGAUCUCCAGUUCUUUCAAUGAGCUCUCUGGCAGCAAAGACGGCCCGAAGGCAAGAGGGACGUCCUCUGGCCACAAUAUCCAGUUGGCAGGAGAAAAAUCCAAUAGGCCCUUGGCGGCCUCCAGGACCAUGGGCCUGAGUGAGCACUCCUGUUGCAUGGCCUUGUCUUUCAGAAACAAACAAUUUGCAUGCCACUGAGAAGGCUGUCAAUUUGGUGUCUUGAGCAGAUGUGGGUGAGGAAAGUAAAGAUGCUUGACGUACCUGAUCUUCUGUAGCAACAGCAAAUCCAGUAUGGUACCUUUCCUCUUCAUCCGCAAACAGAGUGGAGUCAGGAUCUGGCAAAGCUACUGCAUGCCUUGUUGAGAGGUGUCUUAUUUCUUCUUUCAUCUGUUCAAAGCAACCAUGAGGAGUAGUAGAAGAGAUAUCCUCACCUAUUUCUGUGUGAGAUUGAGGGUAUUUGUCUUUCCAUUUACAGUUGUCUUGCUGCCCCCCCCUCUGUAGAGAGCUGAUAUCGAUUUUUAGUGUUUCAUGUUUUAUUGAGUCAGGUUCCUUUUAUGAGAUUUCUGGGGACUUAGUGAAGAAAACAUGAGGGGCAGCCACCUCCCAGUGAUGAUACAGGUGUCUUACUUCCAUGGGAAUCUGGGUCAGGACCGCACUAUUUCCUUGAGAGUGCCCAAAACAGUAUGAAUAAUAAUUUUUUUUUUUUAGUGUGGUAUUCCCCCCUGGGAAGUGGCGGAAGAGGGGCCAGAGCAACUUUUUUUUUUUUUUUUUUCAAAAUAUAAUGUUGUCAGGUAGGGGACAAGGUAGAGUAGAGAGAGGAGUAGGAGGAGGAGAAGGUGAAGUAGAGGGAGGAGUAGGAGGAGGAGAAGGUGGAGUAGAGGGAGGAGAAGGUGGAGUAGAGGGAGGAGAAGGUGGAGUAGAAGGAGGAAUAGGAGGAGUAGGAUUGAAUAAGAGGAGGAGGGAGGAGUAGGAGGAGGAGAAGGUGGAGUAGGAGGAGGGGAAGGUGGAGUGGGAGGGUUGGAAUAGGAGGAGUGGAAGGUGAAGUAGAGGGAGGAGUAGGAGGAGGAGAAGGUGGAGUAGAGGAGAGGAGAAAGAGGAGGAGAAGGAGGAGGAGAGAGAAGUAGAAGGAGGAGAAGGUGGAGUAGGAGGAGGAGUAGGAGGAGGAGAAGGUGGAGUAGAGGGAGGAGAAGGUGGAGUAGAAGGUGAAGUAGAGGGAGGAGUAGGAGGAGGAGAAGGUGGAGUAGAGGGAGGAGAAGGUGGAGUAGAAGGAGGAAUAGGAGGAGUAGGAUUGAAUAAGAGGAGGAGGGAGGAGUAGGAGGAGGAGAAGGUGGAGUAGGAGGAGGGGAAGGUGGAGUGGGAGGGAGGAAUAGGAGGAGUGGAAGGUGAAGUAGAGGGAGGAGUAGGAGGAGGAGAAGGUGGAGUAGAGGAGAGGAGAAAGAGGAGGAGAAGGAGGAGGAGAGAGAAGUAGAAGGAGGAGAAGGUGGAGUAGGAGGAGGAGUAGGAGUAGGCAGGGGUGGGCAGGUAAGGGAGCAGACAGGUCUCCAUAUGGAGGCGUGGGUAUGUAGCAGUGGAGGAUACAUCAGAAAUCAGAACUAAGUAGAAAUGCAAUGGAGGCUGCAAAUAGUCCAUGUACAACAACUUUUAACUGGCCCUAUGCUUUCCCUAGAGAAAAAUAAUAAAAGGCUAACAAGCACAUCUGUCUGUACAGGCCUCGAACGCUUCACUCCGUGGGUAUCCCGCAGUGGCUAGUCCACUACAUCUCCCACACCAGACUUUUGCUCGUAGAGACAGACGCUAUCCCUGACUCUCUCUUUUUUUUUUUUUUUCAACCUAUCAUAAAAUAUAACUCUUACUUACAUCACAAAUAUACAUUAUCGCAAUUUUAUGUCUCGCAAAAGGGAUAAAACUUACUUUACUCUUCACUGAUAAUGUAUUAAAACUUACAAAAUAGACAAAUAACUGUUUUUCUGCGAGAUAAAUGAAAAAGAUAAUGGAGGUUUUGUUAAGCUUUACAUUUAGCUAUACAUUAAUUUAUCCUUUCUGGUUUCCAGUUUCUCUCUGUUAAUGACAAUGUACAAUGUAAUAGAGCAGCAGGAAAAGCUAGCAGAAUGCUUGGUUGUAUAGGGAGAGGUAUUAGCAGUAGGAAGAGGGAAGUGCUCAUGCCAUUGUACAGAACACUGGUGAGACCUCACUUGGAGUACUGUAUACAGUACUGGAGACCAUAUCCUUAGAAGGACAUGGAUACCUUAGAGAAAGUUCAAAGAAGGGCUGCUAAACUGGUUCAUGGAUUGUAGGAUAAAACUUACCAGGAAAGGUUAAAGGAUCUUAUCAUGUAUAGCCUUGUGGAAAGACGAGACAGGGGAAAUAUGAUAAAAGCAUUUAAAUACACAAAGGGAAUCAACACAGUUAAAGUGGAGUCUAUAUUUAAAAGAAGGAAAACUACCAUAACAAGAGGACAUAGUCUCAAAAAUAGAGGGACAAAGGUUUAAAUAAAAAUACUAUCAGGAAGUAUUACAUUACUGAGAGGGUAGUGGAUGCAUGGAAUAGCCUUCCAGCUGAAGUGAUAGAGGUUAACACAGUAAAGGAGUGUUUAAGCAUGCGUGGGAUAGGCAUAAGGCUAAGCACUUGCUGCUAGUAACAGAUCUAGAAUCAAUACACUAUAAUGCCCAAAGUCUCGACUUCUAUGCAUAUAUAAUAAUAAAAUAUCUGGGCUUACAUUAAAAAAAUAUGUUAGUCAGUCUUUAAUCUUGGUGGUUAACAUUAUCCAAUAAAGACAGAUUGGAACACACUCCCCCCUUAUCCAUUUGUUAGUAGUUAGGCUCAUAAUGUUUUCUGGUUCUUUUCAAUUAGAUCAAAACAUCUUGAGACCAAUCUUUAAUUGUAUUACCAUUUGUUCAAGAAAUCUUUGUUUAUUAGAAAUUUCUUUUAGUAACCCUUCUUCUAGCAUGUUAUCAAUUUUUUGUACACAAAGUUAAAACAUAUUGUUACUUAACACGUGAAUCGGUAUAUAUAUAUCCUUUCUACAUAUUAACCAUCACUUGUCACAGACACUUUUCUGAUAUAGGGAAACAUUAGCAGGAUUAUUUUAGUAAUUGUAACUUUCUUGUUCAUAAUAUGUGGGAAUUUAAGGAAGACAGCAUGUCUUAAGAUAAAAUGAGCAUGAUAGGAGUAGAUCUCGUCAGCCAUGGAUGGCCAGAACUGACACGAUAUAUGGGCAGAUAUGACCUCACUAAGGGCAGAGUGAAGGCACUUAAGGACAACCUUCUUUUGUUCUAGGGGCCAUUUUCCUUUAGGGCAUACUAAGUCUCUCUGGAGGCGUGGGUUUCAUGGGAAGUAACAUUCUGUUCGGCAAAAUGAAAAUCUGAACUGUGGACAGACUUGACGGAUUAAAUAAGACAGUUGUGAAUAUUAUACAUCUAACAGCCCACAAAGCUGUCUCUAGAAACAUAUACUAACUUAAUAACUUCUAUUCCUGCAUCAGAUUCACUCCCUAACCAUCCUAUCAAUUUCUAUUGAGAUAACAAAAUACACAAUUAGAAUAUUUUCUAGCAAAAAUUUCAUUGCUAAAAUCUUAUCAGUAGCUUCUGAAUAACUCUACAGAACACCGAAGAGACAGACCUAAAUCGCAAGCAUGUCACCACCCCCCUCCGCCCCCUCCCCCCCGCGUCUCACAGAAGCGAGGGGAGGGGGGGGUGUUUUAGCAGAGGGGGAUUUGAGUGGAACAAGAGAGAGACUGCCUGCCAGCACGAAUUUAACCAUGUCAACGCUGUACAGUAACAAGACAGAAGGAUAAUUACAUUACAAAGCAAAAACACAACAUUUCAUUUAAACCCCCACCCUCUACCAGGGUAAUGGCUAACACAAAAUACAAAAACCCCACAGCGUUUUAAGAUUGGGGUGGGAUGGUGACCAUGGUCAGCUACAUUUCGGUCAUUACUGACAGGAUGAUGGAAGUGGUCACCUCCUGGAACCCCCGACAGGGCACUGGCUGGGAUAACUUCCCAGUAACACAAUUAUUAUGAUAUACAUACAGUUCUUAACCCUUUAUGAUUUAUCUCUUCCUCUACCCAACCCUCCUGCUGGAUAGCCUUUCUACUCUGUACCAUGCUUCAGCAGUACGCAAUAAAUCAUUAUCUGUAAGCUUGCCUUUCUUCUCUGUCAGUAAUCUACGCCAGCUUUCUGGCUGUAAUCUACCACAUGAAGGCACAGCAAUUUUACACACUUUAGCAAUCUUUGCAACAUUUUUAACCAGUUCUUCACCUUCUCUAUCUUCAACUAAAUCACACGCGAGCCAGCCCCUAGCGGGCUUACUCGUUUCCUGUCCCAUAUCCCCCUAUACAAAGCGUAUAAAAACAUAUACAAAGUAUAGGUAAAGGAAAAUGAAACAGAACGUCUACAAUGCUCGACUGCCACUAGGAAGGGUGGGUCCCUCCCAGUGCGUCUUCCCAAAACGUAGACCAGUCACUGAAUCCGUGUACCCUCGAUGGUAACCACGGAUUGGAGCGGGGUGAGAAGUGUGUGACCAAUCACUUCUCUUUCAAGAGAAAUAGGAGUGGAUAGUGUAAAUAGUACAGGAAGUAGAGGAAAAGUAAACAGUGAAAGUAGAGACAGACCCAGGAGUUUGAAUGACUCCACACUUAAGACAACAUUUAAUACAACAUUUCAAUUGAAAUACAGUGCAUGCAUCAACAGUAAUCCCUUUCCUUUACUCUUGUGGCCACCAAGACCACCUCCCUCAAUCUCGUAGUGUCCCCGCUCGGAGAACAACUUUCGUAAGUUUCACUACCAGCGGCCAAGGAUAACGACUAACACCGGCCCGAAAUCCAUAUGCCUCCCUUGUUACAGCAGUCCACUAAGUGUGGCCACCUCUAUCCUCACUCCCGUAGUGCUCCCUAUGGACCCACCCACAAGUCACACUACCCCGUGGUGAUGGAGACAACAAUGCCUGCCCGAAUCCACACACCACAAAUAAAUUGGAAUGCCACCAGCCUCAGCGCUCGAAGCUGGAGGGUACCAUAACCUCUGCAAGCAGAGCAACGUACACAAUGAGGCUAGCUAGAAUAUCAAAGUGACGUAACCGGGAAACCCCAGGAGGCAAGUCCCCUCCACAGAAUCCCCCAACCCUUCUUUUUCCUUACUACUGUUAGCUAGACAGUACCUAAAAGAAGUAAACAGGAAAACAGGACCCCUUUGGAAAAUCCCCACAGGUCCACCCCCCCUUUUUUCCCAACAGUCUGGGCCAAGUGACUCCUAAAAAGGGGUAAAAACAGGCAACAGAAGACCCCCAGGCAACCACCCACGGGUCCACCCCCCUUUAUCUCUAAAGAGGGAAAGAACAAAACAUAUACCACUAGCACACCCAGGCAACAGAUAGACUAAAUGCAGGUAAACAAAUGGGUAACAAGACACCGGGCAAGAUAUUACCUGUCUUUGAUGCCCUCCCGGGAAGCAGUCACAGACACGUGGACGGGUCAAUCAAAGGGGCUGGAACAUACCGGUGGCUCCUGCAGAAGUCUCUACCGUGUACUCAGAGGUGAUCAGUCUCUCUUCCUUCCCCCCCGAUUCCCCCGUCCAACAGCGUCUUCCUUAGGACGGCUUACCGGCCGGAGGCCAUAGCCCGAUGCCCCACGUUGGAUGGACGCCAGAUUGAUGUAGAUUAAUUUAGAAAUAAACAAAAAUGUUUAAAAGUCUAUCUGUUCCUGUCCAAAUCUGAGAUGAAUAAAUUGCGUAUACGCAGAAGUAAGUUCACACUGACACAUGCAGUUCAGGUUAAAAACACUUCAGGAAAUUUAUUAGCAUCUAGUUAAAAAGCGGGCACGCAGGCCUUUUUAUAUGCAAAAUGACAUCAUCAUUGAAUAUCAGAUAAUAACAAAUAAACAUCAUUAAUUGGGUUAAAUGUUAAGUGGCUAUGUCAGUGUCCACCCAUUAAUAUUAUUAAUUGGCUCAGAGAUUUGAGUGACUAGUGAGGCACCCUCCCAUCAUGGGAUGUCGUCGCCAUUGCUCUUUAGCACGAGGCUUACUCGGUGGAAAGGGGGGCUUGGGCGUCAUUUUACGUAGUUAGUGAUGUCAGUCUCGUGGUCUGUUCCAAGGUUCUUUUAUGAAUAGAACAUUUCAUUUUGUCACUGUUCUCCUGGCCUUGGAUUAUACUAUGUUGCAAGUCAACGGAGAUCCGCUAACUCCGGGGCUAGUUAUGUCCUUAGAGAGAGAAAAUACAAUCUCUUAUUCAUUAUACUAAAUACUGUCAGGAAAUUCUGUCAUGUAAGGUGAACAAAAUGGAGUUAGUACAAUAAUUCAAUACAGGUUCUAAUAAAGAUUUUAAUAAUUCUACAUCACUAUCAUUCCUGUACGUUUUCUUGUAAUUGUCCUAUUUAUAGUUAAAUCCCCACUCUCUUAAUAUUGUAAAGCGCUACAGAAUCUGUUGGUGCUAUAUAAAUGGUAAUAAUAACAAUAAUGAUAACUUUUCUGGUACAUUUUAAACCUCUUAUGUGUUGUAUUACUUUGAAACACCCAGAUUUUUGCCUUGCAGUACCCGCUGAAUACAAUAAUACAUCUUAUCUUUAUUUUUCUAGAUUUCUGGGGAACUAGUAGGUUUAAAUUGGAGACAUGUCGUCAUUUUGGCAUGUUUCUUACAUUGCCAGACCAGGUUUACACUUUGAUGCUACUUCUAUUCUUAUCUAAACCUAACUCUAUCCAACAUACAUCCCGACCCCAGCUAACCCUAUCUAACUAUAACUGUCUGUCUGUGAACCGAAAGAGAUUUCUUGCUAGGAUUGGAUCCAUUUAUCAAAUGCACUGUCUCAAAAUACUGUAGAUUUUUUUUAUACCAGUUACAUCAAGUUUGUGAAAUAAUUCGUAUCAAUUUGUUUCAAACAUAUUUAUCAAAUCGGGGAAAAAUAUGAUAUACAACCAAAAGACCAAACAUACAUUUUUCAAACAAAACCAGGGAGACACAAAAUGUGUCUAUUCUUUGGAACGUAGAUCACUCCCAAGCUUAUAAAAUGUUAAAGGGUGCUAAUGCAAUAUCAGGAAGUAUUACUUUACUGAGAGGGUAGUGGAUGCAUGGAAUAGCCUUCCAGCUGAAGUGGUAGAGGUUAACACAGUAAAGGAGUUUAAGCAUGCGUGGGAUAGGCAUAAGGCUAUCCUAACUAUAAGAUAAGGCUAGGGACUAAUGAAAGUAUUUAGAAAAUUGGGCAGACUAGAUGGGCCGAAUGGUUCUUAUCUGCCGUCACAUUCUAUGUUUCUAUGCAUUUGUAUCUUUAUUGAAGGGUCUCCAGCUAACCCUAUCUAACUAUAACCCUAGUUAAAUGUAACCUAUAGCUAAUCCUAACCAACCCUAACCCUAGUUAUCACUAGUCCUAACACUAAUAACCGAUCACCCUGGGAUAACGAUCGGCAUAACAACAUGUCUUACCUUUCAGCCAAAACACGUACAAUGUGUGUUCAGUGGAGAAUGUAAUAUGUGUGAUCUAAUUUGUUGAAUAUACAUAUCUCUCACUACACGUGCAAAAUGAGGACUAUGCAGUUCUUGAAUGUCUUUUACCAAAAACAAAAGGCAUUCAAAGAUAGUGGCUAGCCAAGAUUCUCUCCCUGAUCUGUGCUGGUGUAAAAUCUGAGCCUUAGUGAUGCUUUUAAUCAUUGCAUGCCUGCCUGCUAAGCAGAACGUGACAGUUUCUUAUUAAGGGCCGGGCUCUUACAUGGGCCUGUGUCAUGGACGCAGAGGGAUUGAGCAUUUUUGAACAUGUUCUCCCACUAGUUCAUGCAACGCUACUGAAUGAAUAAAUAGUAGAUAUUACAAAGAAUAAAAAAAAAAAAAAAAGGUGCUGACUAGUGCACUAACUAGUGCUUUGUGAUCAAAUAUCUAAAAAGCUAAUUAUACAAAUUAAAGUGCAAAUUAAGUGCACUUAGGUUACUGAAAAAAAUGCCUUUACAAUAACAUGCAGAAACCAACUGUGCAAACAUCAAACUGAAAUAUAUAUAUAAAAUAUUGUGCAAAUAAUAUUAAAAGCAGACACUUAUACACACAUCAGAAUAUUCUGUUACUCUAAAAAAAUGAAACAGAUAUACAGUGAAAUAUAUAGUGAAAUAUAAUUUAAUAUAUGUGACCUCCCAAUACUCUCCCAGACUAUUUCAGUGCUCUCUGCAGGGUCCCUAGUGCCCUGAACAUAGCACAAGUAUGUGUAAUGAUGUAGAGAAAUGAGAACAAAAUGCCCUAUCAAAGUAGGUUUCUUAUGAGGUUGAAACAUACACUUUAAUUUGAUUGCUAAAACAUAACAUUUAAUCAAAAUUCUAUAAAAAAAUGUAUACAAAUAUAUAUAAUCAAAAAAUGAAAAAGAAAUAAAAAAAUAGAGAAAAGAAAGUAGGGAGAAACUAGGGAUAUUUACAAAAUACACUCAAAUUCAUAGGGAUCUGGAGCCAGAUAAUAGGAUAAGUGUAUGUAGAUUGGCUAGUUUUCUAUAUAAAGAUACUCCUACUAUUAGGAAAUCCUUUCAACACUUAUAGUCAAAUUAGUAGUGAAAUCUCUUAAAAGUAACAGAGUAUCUGCAAAUGUAGUGAUUCCCUGAGAAUCAGAUUAAAGGACCACUAUAGGCACCAGACCACUUCAGCCCCAUUGUACAGCGCUACAGAAUCUGAUGGCGCUAUAUAAAUAAUAAAAUAAUAAUACAAGAUAAUAAUGAAGUGGUCUGGGUGCCAGGUCCCUCUAGUUUUAACCCUGCAACUGAAAACAUAGCAGUAGCAGAGAAACUGCAGGGUUAAUCCAGCCUCUAGUGGCUGUCUCCCUAACAGCCACUAGAGGCCACUUCCAUGAUUUACAAUGAGUAAAUCGCACUUAUUUGACGCUGGACGUCCUCACGGAGUCCAGCGUCAAAUAAGAUCCCCAUAGGAAAGCACUGAGUAAUGCUUUCUUAUGGUCGGGUUUGAAUGCGCGCGCUUCUGGUCGCGCAUGCACAUUCGACUCCACUCGGGAGCUGACCUCGGCGGGGAUAGGAGAGGUAACCAGCGCUGAGGGAGCCCAGCACUGGAUUAAGGUAAGUGGCUAAAGGGGUUUUAACCCCUUCAGCACCGAGGGAGGGGGAGCACUCCAAGAGCCUAUAGUGCCAGGAAAACAGGUUUGUUUUCCUGGCAUUAUAGGAUCCCUUUAAGUGAAAUGAUUGGAUCUUCCCAAAGGGAAGAUAGUAUGCUUCCUACUAAAGUGUAUGUACCCAAUAAAAUAUGGUGAUCUGGUUCAGAAUUAGAGGUAGAAAAUGCUAAUAUAAUAGCUUUUUAAUCAUGAAGCCAUAGUCUAUAAUGUACCUUCGUGGGCACCUAAUCAUUGCGGUAAAGUAACUAGCUCUAUCUACACUGAACAAAAUUAUAAACGCAACACUUUUGUUUUUGCCCCCAUUUUUCAUGAGCUGAACUCAAAGAUCUAAGACUUUUUCUAUGUACACAAAAGGGCCUAUUUCUCUCAAAUAUUGUUCACAAAUCUGUCUAAAUCUGUGUUAGUGAGCACUUCUCCUUUGCCAAGAUAAUCCAUCCACCUCACAGGUGUGGCAUAUCAAGAUGCUGAUUAGACAGCAUGAUUACUGCUCAGGUGUGCCUUAGGCUGGCCACAAUAAAAGGCCAGUCUAAAAGGUGUAACAGAGUAUCUCCAAAUGUAGCGGAUGGUUGGGAGGACUGUAGCUUUUUGUUGUUUGCACUAAGUAGGAAGAUUUUGACAAUGCAGACCAAACACUAGUCAUCAGACAGCAAUGUUAUGUAGUGCUAUUACUUACACAUUGUAAUGAUACAAAUCACUCUGGUUCUGUUAUACAUUUAAAGGUGAUGUGAAUUUCAUUAAAGGACGCAAUUCUUAUAAUUUGAUAUUUUCACAAAACAUAUCACUGUAAUCAGUAAUGUUUUACCCACUAAUGUUUGAAAACUGACCUCAAAUUGGGCUUAUGAUAUUUGUGUCCUGUAUACGAAAUCAAACAAAUGAACAUAGCUUGUUAACUGGCCGAACUCCAAAAUCAUUAAGAUGUAGAUUUAGAUGUCUACGGUUUUAAAUAAGUAUAUUUUCCUUGAAACUGGCAGGUGAGUUUGCACCCUAUGGCAUGGUACAAAAUACCCAAUUCAUUUAAGUAUACACUAAGACUUUGGACUCUGUGCAAGCAACCUUUUGUUUGUUCUGUUUCUAUGUCACAGAUGCAUAUUAUUAUGCACCUGCGCAGGGGUGAUGGAAGUAUAGCUCAGCGUAAACAUGCUUGUUUAAUUUUUAACAAAACUCCAGUACUCUUGGAUCAAUAUCUGUGGCAUUACUAUAUUCAUGUGAAGUACGGAAAUACAGUCCAACAAAUUGCAAUGCUCAGGUAUUUUAUGACCCGGCAAUAUUAAAACAAAAUACACAAAUGUUAUACCAAAAGCUAUCUCCAAGCUUGUAGAGGUGACUUUAGUUACAACCACCAUGGUAAUAAUAAACUCUAAAUGUCAAGCUUUCAAGCUGAAUAGUUAAUAGGAAGAAUACUGCCUAGACAUAACGAGAGCAUAGUACAUCACGAUAAGCAAGCCGUGCAUGUAUGUUUCCCACCAGGGAUAAAGCACAUCCAUCCGUGAAGAUGGUAUAUGGCUGACCUUGAAAGUCAACGAACAAGUAGACAAGCUAAAAUAAUGUCCGUAAUUUACAUUAAAAGGAAAUGGCAAACUAAUUGAAAAGGCUAAUUAAUUCUGACGAGCUAAGAUUAAAGAAAAAUGAAAUUCUUUCACUCUGAUAAGCAAUGCUGUUUUGUGUCAAUUAAAGAAAGAUGCUUAUAAGAAAACCUGAUUGCGGUUAUAUGAACUGGUUUAUAUAAUUAACCACUAACCUGGAUUUAUGAUUUAUGAUUAGCUCCCAUUUCAUAUUCCAGCAAAUACAAAAAUAUCUCCUGGUACUAUGCUUCUCUUACUGGAAAUACAAAUAAAAAACCAGAAACACACAGCUAUGCAUAAUUGAUAUUGGAACAUGUAGACCAUAGAGAUGGCAAUGCAGAUGUAGACGGAGGAAUUGUGUAGAAGUAGCAAACUGUUCACUAAAUGCUUGCACAUGUGAUUUGACUUCUAAGGUGGUAUUACAUUUUAGCUUCCAUGGAUCCGAGAGGAGAAUAGGAAUCAGCAAGAUCUCCAGUUUUCAUUUUAUAAUCUUUUAUAGACCUAUAGGGAAUGUUUACAAUUUUGUGAAAAAUUCCAACCAAUCCUUAGUCAACUAAUCUAAUAGACAAAUGAUUGUUUGUAACAAGGAAAAUGACUUACUGUUUAAUGGAAUUCCUAUGGGAUAUCCUGCAGGAGGUGAGAGAUGUUAAUUGAUAACAAAAUUUGAAUAAAUAAAAUACUGACGUUCAGGUUUUGAUAAAUGUUUCAGCGUAAGGCGAGGUGCCAAUUUCCCCUUGUGUCUCAUUUAGAGCUGGGGUUUUUGCCAUCCCAAGAGGAGGUCUGCUAGCAAGUUUCACCUUGAGAGUCCUUUAGUUAGACCAUUGUGCUUUUCAGCGUUGUCCUCUAGAGAAAUAGAAAAGGACAUGCAUGGCUCAUUAUCAUAUUGGUUCACUUAUAAAUGUUAAUAUUUCCAUGGAACACUAGGUUACAAAGAAACACUAAAAUUGGGUAUAGGACACAUCAGGGUCAUUUUAUAUAUUUAAGAAAUGACUUCUACCUAGUUACACAGCUUGUUAAAAGGAAAUAGCUUAAUGGGUCAUCAUCCUUCCAAAAUAAUUCUAUCUUUACCAGGACUGAGCUAUAUAGUACACCAGUCAGGGCUCUGUAUCAUAAAUGUAUCUCAUGCCUAUCAGAACCACCGCCAUGUUAUAAAGGCAAUGCAUUUCAUUCAAUGUGUCACUCUCUCCUCCUGUCUCAUUGCCCUAUACUUUUCACACAGUUAUGUAUGUAUCCCUGCAAUAUCUGCUUUUGAAACCCAAGAUGUUAUCACAUUCAGUAUGGAGACAUACAAAUAUUAUAUUUUUUUCUGUCAGGUUAUGUUUUUGUAAUGCUACAUUCUCCAAAAUGUCAGGCACCCUAUUAAAACCCAUAAGCAUGACUGCUGACCAGACCUUAUUCCCCCUUUGCCCAAUAAACAUACAAGACUGUAUAUAUACAGUACCUCACAAAAGUUAGUACACCCCUCACAUAUUUGUAAAUAAUUUUUACCCCUAAGUGGAAAUGUCCCAAUUGGGCCCAAAGUGUCAAUAUUUUGUGUGGCCACCAUUAUUUUCCAGCACUGUCUUAACCCUCAUGGGUAUGGAGUUCACCAGAGCUUCACAGGUUACCACUGGAGUCCUCUUCCACUCCUCCAUGACAACAUCACGGAGCUGGUGGAUGUUAGAGACCUUGCACUCCCCCACCUUCCGUUUGAGGAUGCCCCACAGAUGCACAAUAGGGUUUAGGUCUGGAGACAUGCUUGGCCAGUCCAUCACCUUUACCUUCAGCUUCUUUAGCAAGGCAGUGGUCGUCUUGGAGGUGUGUUUGGGGUCGUUAUCAUGUUGGAAUACUGCCCUGCAGCCCAGUCUCCAAAGGAAGGGGAUUGUGCUCUGCUUCAGUGUCUCACAGUACAUGUUAGCAUUCAUGGUUCCCUCAAUAAACUGUAGCUCCCCAGUGUUUUCAGCACUCCUGAAAGGCCUAGACCAUGACACUCCCACCAGCAUGCUUGACUGUAGGCAAGACACUUGUCUUUGUACUCCUCACCUGGUUGCUGACACACACGCUUGACACCAUCUGAACCAAAUACGUUUAUCUUGGUCUCAUCGGACCACGGGACAUGGUUCCAGUAAUCCAUGUCCUUAUUCUCAUUGUCUUCAGCAAACUGUUUGCAGGUUUUCUUGUGCAUCAUCUUUAGUUGACAGCCAUACAAACCAAUUUGAUGCACUGUGCGGCGUAUGGUCUGAGCACUGACAUGCUGACCUCCUACCCCUUCAACCUCUGCAGCAAUGCUGACAGCACUCAUACGUCUAUUUCCCAAAGGCAACCUCUGGAUAUGAUGCUGGGCCACAUGCACUCAACGUCUUUGGUCGAUCAUGACGAGGCCUGUUCUGAGUGGAACCUGUCCUGUGAAAAUGCUGUAUGGUCUUGCCCACCCUGCUGCAGCUUCAGAUCCUCAGAGAGUUCUUUGCCAUGAGGCGCCAUGAUAAACUUCCAGUGACCAGUAUGAGAGAGUGUGAGAGCGAUAACACCAAAUUUAACGCACCUGCUCCCCAUUCACACCUGAGUCCUUGUAACACUAACGAGUCACAUGACACUGGUGAGAAAAAAUGGCUAAUUGGGCCCAAUUUUACAUUUCCACUUAGGGGUGUACUCACUUUUGUUGCCAACGGUUUAGACAUUAAUGGUUGUGUGUUGUUAUUUUGAGGGGGCAGCAAAUUUACACUGUUAUACAGGCUGUACACUUACUACUUUACAUUGUAGCAGAGUGUAAUUUUUUCAGUGUUGUCACAUGAAAAGAUAUAAUAAAAUAUUUACAAAAGGGGUGUACUCACUUUUGUGAGAUACUGUACAUUGGUUAAGGGCAAUGGCCACAGCUUUAUUAAUAAACGCAAUAGCCAGCAACAUCUUAACUCUGUCAGCUGUUGGGAUGCUUCACCAAGAGAUAGCUCUAUCCAUGAAAGCCAAAAGUCCGGAGCAGCCUGCCCCUGACAUCAGCUCACAGCAGGCCACGACUCCCAAAGCCGACUCGGCCCCUUCCUCCACUUCUAACUGAGCUGGCCAGGAAUACCGCGAGCACUGACAAAACAAAAAGAGAAAACAAGAAACCCAUAACAACCAAACCCAACAAAAACCUUCUAUCUAAGGGCGGGUGAGUGGGGAAAGUUAAGAUUUUAUUCUGUCCACCAUUUGUAACAAUGUAUCCCCUUAGUCCCAACCCCUUGUUCCUGGCAAUAGUCAUGUCCUCCCUUCCUGAACAGUGCAGGGAGGUACUUGAAUUUGAAGCAUUUUUAUUUACCUUUUUUUUUAGCACAUCUAACAGAACAGGACAUCAGUAAUAAAUACAAUACUAGCAUUUCAAUAUCAGUUGGAAUUAAAUGACAAGCAUCCUAUAUGAUUUUUAUAAUAUUUGCCUCACCAAUACUUACGUGAAGGAUAAAUGAGUACCUAAUUAAAAAACAUGUAUAUUAAUAUUUUAUCGUACACCACUUAGCCUCUUCCGUAUACAAAUCAGCUAAAUACACAUCCACAAUACUCAAGCACCGCACACACUUACGCAUACACUGUCUUACCCUCCCACACAUAAAUAUAUCAGCCUCACUCACCUACAACACUCAGCCCCAUUUAACUUUUUCCACACACACAAAGAUGGCUUCCAUAGACUCUUUAACCCCACAGACACAGCACUCAGAUACCACAAACACACUCUAUUCAUCUUCUGUUAUUCACAGAACAGAAUCUAAGGAAGUGCCCCAAUCUAGUAUUCUGCCUAGAUAUUUUAGUGUACUUUUUAAAAAAAAAAUAAUUUUAUAUGAAAAUAUUCUAAAUUUGCAAUAUUUUUUUUAUUUUUUUUUACACAUGGUAUGUCUUUUGAUAUUUUAAUAUGUUGGAAAAAAUCAUUUGUUAUCCAAAAUUUUUAAAUCGUUUGGAAAAGCUUAUACAACAAGAGCUAUGGCCUUAGUAGUAUACAAAAGAUGGCCAUAUAUGGCAUAGCCCUGGCUAUUCUUGUGGCCCACCGAACACAAUAUCAAACUUUGAAAUCACCAAGGUUAUAUAAUGCCCCCAGAUUUGUUCACAUAAAGACUGUGUCCAGAAAACAAGAACUUAAUAUAAGACAAUUGAGUUUACAUAUGAUCAUAUAUUUGUGCAAUUGGGCUGUAAGUUUUAUCAUCGAAUACUAUUAACUAAAUUGUACUUUUUAGCAAAAAGAAUAAAUUAGACUUUUUAUAGCAAAAAUAACAAGUUUGAUUGCAUUAUAUUUUAUAAAAAAAGGUGAGGCAAUAUUACUCUAAGUAAGAAGAAAAUAUAUAUUUACAUUAGAGUAAAUGACUUUGAUUAUUUAUUUAAUCCGUUUUUUGUUGAAGCCAUAAUCCUCAAAACUGAGUUGUCUCACAUGUUAUCGGCAACAAUUACCUUGAACACAUCCUUCAACACAAGAUUAGCUAACGGUGAACCAAAUAUUUGUAUAUUUUCAGAAAUAUACAAAAUGUAAAAGGUAAUUCGACCUCACUUGGUAGGAAAUGUUGCAUGUUCCAUGUAUUGCAAUGUUACUUCUGCGUAGUAAGUCAAUUUAGAUUUUUAUAAUUUGAAAUAGCUCUAUAAACAUCAAAUAAAAUAUAUAUAGAAAAAACACGUACAGUGAUUUUAUGGUUAUAGCAAUAGGCGUACGCUUUGUUUUAAUCUUUGCAAGGAAAAUGUCCUAUUAGUCUGAGGUUAGCACUAAAGUUGUUGUUUUGGUGUAUUCAGCUAUUGAGCUUUACAGAUACCCUUGUAUGAUUGAAAUGGCAUGUCAGUUCUUUGUUGUGGACAUUUAUUAAGAUAACCAUGAGGUCAAAAAGAUUAUAGGAAGAUGUGGCUCUGUGUUCAGGGAAACCAUAUUAUUCUUCCGAGCCACAGGAAAGAACCCGGAGGUAGCAGAAAAUAAUUAGUCAGUCAAAUGCGUUGACUUCAUAGGAAAAGAAGGGCAAUAAGAAAUGCUGAUUGCUAAAAAUGUCGUUUCCAUUUCCAGUAAAGGUACCAGGUGGAAUUAUACUAGCCAAAUGGAAAAGGGAAUAUAAGUUGUUUUCCCUAAACCACUUAAGGAGAGUCAUUGCAGAGAAUAGUAAUAAAAUAGAGAUUGACACAAACAGCAUACUUGGGUAUAUGAACAUAUAAAACAGUAAUAUUAGUUCUAGUGCUGAAGAAGUAGUGCUCUUUAAAAAAAUGUUGAAUGUUUAUAUCUAGAAAGUCUUUAGCGGUUGUAAUAAAGGUUUCAAUUACUAAACAUUUAUCUAUUUGCUAAAAUUAGUCCUAGUUAAUCUUGGAUCUUGGUAUCUAUCCACAAACGUUGACCUUUAGGUAAUUUGAGUUCAUGAAUGCAAAUUGAACACUGAGAUCAGCCAUUAUUUGUAUGUUAGUCUACAUCGGAAGGUGUCAAUGUACAGUUUUUUACACAGUCCGGUAAGUUAAAAAACGGAUGGGACACUUUUCUAUAGGGCACAACUUUUCUCAUUGUAGCACCUGUGAAAAUAUAAGGGCUUAAUGCCUGAACAUGUGAAUGUUCAUAAAAUACUUAAUUUCUCUCUUUGGGCAUUGAGGAUGGAUUGUAUCCUCAAAAUCUAAAGUAACCCAGUAAAGACAUAACGAAAACAUAUUAAAUGUUAAGACUUUUCAAUGAUACAUAUUUAUUUGCAAGACGUACGGACAAGAUUGGUGUCAUACGGCAACUCUGUGCUCUUUAAAUUGUUAGUGAGUACCAUUAUGUUUUUAAUGAAUGUGGAUGUCUUCCAUCGUAGAACAACACUGGGAACCAUUAAUAGGUCAAUGUAUAUACUUGAUUUGCACUAACAUAUCAAAAUUACUUGAACACAUUUUUUUUUCUUUUUUUUUUCCAACAAAACUCUAAACUUAUUUUGUCUUACAUAUGUUGCAACCUCCAUGACCAAAGGGAUCACAUGAUAUUUUUGGAAUUGCUACAAGGGCCCCUCUACACACUGUCUGCCCCUCCCCCCACAUGGCCCUGCUUUAAUUUGUAUUCAAUAUAUUGAUUACCUUGAAGUUAAUGUUUAAGAGUUGUUGGUAUAAAUAUAUACAUGUAUGGAAUAAUUUAUUUAGAAGUAUAAAAUACAAAAUCACAGUUGAAUCAUGACCUGGAAGAACUGUUUAAAAACAUGACAUUUCAAGCAUUUAUUUACCAAACACUCCAUUGUGGUGCAAACUUAAAAAAAUGACACAAUUCAGUUGCAUUUCCAUCUUCACUCAUUGGAUUUCCUGUUCAAUAUAAUUCCUUGUAUAGAGGAUAAACAUUUUAAUAUAAUCUAUGUCAUCAAUGCUGAAAUGCAAAAAAAUACAGAAUGGUAAAGUGUGUGUUAGAGAUACGUGUCUGUCUAUAUGUAACUGUCUAGAGAUUCUAUUAUAACGAUGAAUAAAAUAUAGUAAAUAUAAUCUAAUCGUAUUUACUAUUUAAAUAAUAUAUAGUUAUAAUUUUUAUAUUUACUUUGCUUUAGAGCUUUACCCAGAUGCUUAAAUCAAGUGCACUUAGAAGUGUGCUUACGUAUUUUUCAUUUAAGUUUAAGAAAACUUUUUUAAUACUUGUAAUGUAAAUAUGAAACAUUCUGAUCUAUAUGUGUUUUUACAGAUACCUUGGAAUAACUCGCCCGUUGACAUACCCUGCAAGACAAAAUGGAAAGCUGAUGGCUAAAAUGGUAUUUAUUGUAUGGCUCCUAUCUGCCUCCAUUACACUUCCGCCAUUGUUUGGUUGGGCCCAAAAUGUCACAGUGGAAAGAAUGUGUCUCAUUAGCCAAGACUUUGGAUACACCGUGUACUCCACUGCUGUUGCCUUUUACAUCCCAAUGACAGUCAUGCUUGUUAUGUACCAGAGGAUCUUUGUAGCAGCUAAAAUCAGCGCAGAGAAGCACAAGUUUGUGAACAUUCCCCGCCUCUAUGAACAGGAAGGAAUUUACUGCCUGGAAGAAAAGAUUGCACCCAAGAAGAACUCUAAAAAGAGCAAAGCAGUUGAAGAGUUUGCCACCUUGUCGAAACUUAUAAGGCAGGAUCGGAAGAACAUCUCUAUCUUCAAGCGAGAGCAGAAAGCAGCAAGGACUCUAGGAAUAAUUGUGGGGGCAUUUACGUUUUGCUGGUUGCCCUUCUUCUUGUUGUCCACAGCUCGACCUUUUAUAUGUGGCAUAAGGUGUAGCUGCAUGCCACUCCGACUGGAGAGGACACUCUUGUGGUUGGGUUACACUAACUCUCUCAUCAACCCCUUGAUCUAUGCCUUCUUCAACAGAGAUUUGAGGACUACGUUUUGGAACUUGCUGAGGUGCAAGUACACAAAUAUAAACAGACGUCUUUCAGCAGCGAGCAUGCAUGAAGCUCUAAAGGUUACAGAGAGACAUGAGGGCAUUUUGUAGCCUCCACCUCGUUGGGUUCUACUCUUUAUGAGAUGACAUUUCACAUAAUAUAAUGUAACGUUGUUAGAAAUAAGCCUCCAAAAGACAUAAAUGUUCAGUGCCUCUUACAAAUGGACAAUGCUUUAGUGUGAAAAAUGUAAUUGAAUCUUGUUUCUUUUUUUUUCUAAUUUAAAUAUAUAAUAUUUAUUACAUUCAUUAAUAUUGAGAUGUGAUGGGUAACUUUGCAAUUUCUUGCUCAUUGCAGAAGGAAUGCAGAACUUAACUGAAUGAGAUAUUUUAUGUCCGAAAAGGCCUAUAAAAUCAAUGAACUUGUAAAAACCAGUUUGCAUAGUUUCUAUUUAUCCAAAUGAACUAGCUAUUUAUAAUGCAGUGUCUACUAAUGAAUGUAAGUGCUAUGCGCAUUUAUUUCCUAGCUCUUAAUUACUACAGUUUGCAAAAGAGCAUAUUUUCACACAGCAAUUUACAAAGCUUCGCAUUGGAAACUCCUCACUGGUAUGUCUGAGGUUAUUCUCUCUCUUUUUGCAAUGGUUUGAUGUGUGUGUAACAGCUUGUAUUUUAAGGAUUUGUUAACCAUUUAAGAAAUAAAACUCUUAGCCCUAGUAUUUAAAUGGCAAAAAAAGGAAAAAAAAUAACAACAAAAAAACAUAUUGCUUAUGUAAAAUAUUUAAAUGACAUUGUUACCUUUUCCUUAAGUCAGAGUUAUUUUACCAUUUUAAAUAUCGAAAUGAUGACCCCAAAAAGGCAUUAAAACAUGGAUUAAUUAUUGCUAGCCAUUUUAGAGAAAAAAAAAACUCUAUAGAGUUAAAGAAAGGAAAUUUCAUAUUAAAGCUUAGCACAUGCUGAGAUAAAAAUUCGAAUAUAAAAGUAAACUAUUUGUGGGCAUAAAGCUACACACUUGGUCUCUCACCCAUAUUCUGCAUUUAUUUGAACCCCAUCCAUGGGAGUGGUAUACGUGACUAGUUAACAACUAGUGUACACAAACGGGAAACUGUAUCAUGGCAUUUUGUAAAUAAAAUUUAAAAAUCUUCUUGUGGAAGAACUUUAAGAAUAUAGACGUACUCUGGACAUGGGUUUUAGUGACUCAGAUCUACCCACGGUCUUAUAUUUCACAUGAGUGAAUCUGUUCUUGUGCAGAAUGGUGUGGGCUGAUCUACUGAUGUUUAAUUCAUGAUAGCUUACCUACGAAUAAUGUCAGUAGCACAGAAAACUGUACUGUAAAUUAGGGUUAGAAUUGCAUCCUACACAUUAUACUUGCUUGACCCAUUUAGGGUCUAAGUAUUCUUCUUCAUUGAAGAAUAUAUGUCAGCUUGAUUCUUUAACCAUUCUGAGUUACCCUUUAUCAGUCAGAGGAUGAUUUAGGUAAAAAAAAAAGCUGCUCUGAAAUUUAAUAACUUGGGGUGGUGCUUACUUGGAAUCUAGGUUUAGUGAAUGGAACGUUAAUAGCUUUCUUUUACAGACUUCAUUGUAAGACCUAAUUUUGUUAUCAGAUUUGUGUGCAAUGGUGAAAGGCUUAUUUUGACGCGAUCAAGAUAUAUAAAAUGUGAAAUGCGUAGGGGUUCGCUAAGAAUAGACUUCUGCCCUAUAAAACUAUUUAAAAAAGAGGAUUCUAAACUGCAAUAUUUGGCUUCACAACCACUUACAAAGUAUUUACAAACAGUAUAUAUUUUUUAGAUUAAUAAUGUGUAGUAAUCAAAAUUCUUGUUGGUUGGAUAUCAAAAUAAGUUUUUUAUGAAAGUUAUUAUAUGUAAAAAAAUAUUUUCAUAAGGUGAUGUAUGUAAAAUAGUGUAUGUUUUAAAGUAACAGAAAUAUGUAAGAGAUUUGGGAAUAUAUUUCUCCAUACAUUUAGAUAUCUUUAAAC